AUGGCGAGUGACUCUCCGGCUAGAAGUCUGGACGAAAUCGACCUGUCCGCUUUGAGGGUAAGACGACCUUACAAAUUUGUGCCUUUUUUUUUUAAAUUCAGCUUAUCGUAAAAAAAAAAAAAAGAGCCGGCUUGUGCGCGCACUCGUUUCUCCUUCCUUUUCACCUGACAGCUCUCCCUGAAUAGCAAACCGGCAGGAGAGAGGAGCAGAGGAGGAGGAGGCUGCCAGAGGCGGAUGUGUGGGAGACAAUAUGACAAAUUGUGGAUGAAAUGUUAUAUUUAGACAUUAACAAGCAUGACAGCUGUCUCGUGUGUUUAAAGCUUUGUCUAGGUCUGAAUGGUUGAUGGUGUGAGUGGUGCUGAGUGGAGCUGAGAUUUGCUGACCUGGAUUCAAGGGUUUCUGUAUCUUUUUGUCACUGGGGCAGACUGUAACAGGCCUUGAAUCAGACAGCAUAGGAAUUUAACCUAAUUCUCCUACUCUGACACACACACAUUGCACAGAAACCUCUGAUAUCAUGUCCUUAAAGUGUGUAUUUCUCCUCACUGGAAGCUAAACUAGUCCUCCACUUGAGCUUUUUCUAUCUCUAUGUGUGUUUAAGUGUGUGAAAGUGAUAGUGCCAGCCGACCUACAGUCAACUCACCUUCCGCCUAAUCAAAGCAGAAGCUCUGCAUGCAGCAAAAGCCACUUUCUUUUGUUCAUCCGGUGUGUUGCUGCAAACCACAACACACUCAGACAGACAGACACGCACGCUAACAGCCUCCUGCGCUUGUGUUAAUGCGUGGAUACCCAUGUUUUCUCCCUGCUGGGCAUGCUGAGUGUGUGCGUGUGUGAUAUUCUGUGUGUGUGUGCGUGUGGGUGUCUGCCAAGGUAAUGUCAGCUGCACACAAGUAAGGAGAUGCUGCACAUGAGAGGAAAAGAGCUCAAGUCAAGGACCUGUUUGAUUCUCUGAGACAGGAAACCACAUCAUACACACAUAUCACACACAUAUAUACACACACUAUGCAGUUGUUGUCUGCCUGCCUGUUUUCACCUGCUCCUUGUCUGCUUCACUGUGCCCUUUUUUCCGCCUGUCUCUUUGCUCGUCUUCUUCUGUUUUACUUGUUCCUCCUCUUUUACAUCAAUUUUUAACGCCUGUUUUUCCUGCAUCUUGUUUGUCUGACUGACUUUGACUGACUGAAUGCACCUCCCCGUCUAUCUGCCAGCCGCUCUGUCUCUGAGCAUUAUCUCUCUCUGCCCACCUCCUCCUCCUCUUUUGCCCUGCCUGCUGCAUAACGACCCAUGUUCACACCAGAGGUGAAUAAAUUUUGGCAACAACAGAUGCGGCUCUUCAGGUUUACACCCAUGUAGUCGGUGAUUUUUUUAGGCAUAAGAAUGGAAAGAGAGCAUGAAAAAAAGACGUGAAAGAGAAGGAGAAAGAGGAGAAGGAGACAUGGAGGGAGACACAGAGGCAGAUGAGGAGGAAUGAGGAAGAGGAGGUGUCUGUGCAUUGGGAGUCAGGCCAUGCAUGUCCUGUUCUUUUAGAGACGUGAUGGCAAGUGCAUGUCUCUUACUGUGACUCAGAGGCCAUUGGAAGGACAAAUGCACACACGUACACGUGCUCGGGUUUCCUUUUACAUGCAUGGUCCUAAUCCUGUCAAUAAUGAUCAUUUGACACCACUUAUUUAUAUGAUUUGGCAUGUUUGCAUAUGCACGCUUGUGGAUUAUUGUAGAUUGGUUUGAUUUGAUUAAAGGAUUAUCAAAGUGUCCCAGAACCUAAAAAAGGAGAGUUGUGAGGCGCUCAUUAAAAGUAAGGGUAUGUCUUGUUGGAAGCUGUCAGAAGUUUAUGCACAGAAGCUAAGCUGUGUUCCCCUGCGGAUGAUGUACACCACAAACUUAAACCACUCACUGAAAAUAACCCUACAUUUAAAAACAAACAUUUCAGUUUUGCUUUGAAAUUUUCCACUGCUUUAUCUUUUAUCAGCACCGUGUAUUACUCAGCAGAAAAUCCCAGUUUACUUCCACCUCUUGAACUACUGUAUGUGUAUGUUUUCCCUGCUCUUACUGGGGCUGCAGUGUUUGUUGAGUGGAGUGAUGCUGCACUACAAUACAGUAGUGCAAAGCUGUCAGUUUGAUUUCUUCAGCCAUAAAUGUCUGCAUGGUGUAUUGGGUAAAGCUUUUUUAUGUUAAGUUUUGCUAUAUAGCGUUUUGAAUGAGCCUGUAAUGACAAACAUCUUUCUCAUGCUUGUGUUAGUUGGAAGCAGAGACAUCAUGUUGAUGGGAAGUUUUCAAUCAAUCUGCAGAUAUGUGGUCCAAGCUAGUAGAUGGGUUAUGGACUGAUUAUCUGUAUCGGCCUUUUAUCCUACAGUUAGGCAAUGAAAUGAAAUGAUUAAAAAACAUGCUUUUUGGUUCCACUGCUGGUGUGUCUUUUUCCCUUGUUGUGUUUACUCUGAUUACUGAUUGCCCACUAAGCAAUAGAUGGCUAUUAGACUUCUAGUUAUUUUUUAGACCUAAUUUCAACCGUCUAGAUUCUGUAUAGCUGUAGACGGAAUUUAGACGUUGCACUUUAACCCGAUAUUCGAUAAGUAUUUAUUUCAAAAAGCAACUGUGAGUUGCAUGAUUGAUCUCCAAGUACUAAACCAAAAUGAUUAUGAUAGCCGUUGAGCAAUAUACUGUUAGACCUCUGUUAGCUGGCUAGUCUAAACUCGGUCUAAAUUUAGACAUCUGAAAACUUUAAUUUUUAGACCUGUGGUAGCCUGAUUUUAGACCAGUUGUCUAGACUACAUUAAGACGUCUAUUAGACCAAGUUUAGACCAAAAAAUGCUCAGUGGGUGGCUAGAUGUUGCACAACCAUGUGGUAAAAAUGACCUGUGAAUGUAGCUGGUUGGCUGUUUUUUUUCCAAUGUAUGAUGUGUAUUGCUUCAGUUUUUGUAAAAUAUUUGCUGAAGAUGUUUGUGCGGUAAUAAGUGGUAAUUGUCAUAGACUGUAUAUAGAAUGAAUGCCGUCUGCCUCCUUGCUGGGUGAAGCCACUCCGAGAACAGCACCCUCUGGUGACGGGCUGCAGUAUAGGUCAUAGGGGCUAAGGGUUAUGCAGCUGUUUGGGUGAUCAGCUGGUAGAAUGACAACAAUUUUUAUAAAAUAGCAUUAUGUAACUCUUGUUACCUCACUCCAAUUAACCCAAACUAUUACAUUACACUGACUGAUGGUUGAACUUCCAGAGAAUUCCAUGUGAUAAAACAGUGGAAAAACCUGUUGUGUAAACUUCAACACGCCCCCAGCUGUAAAUAUGCAGCGCCAUUUCUGGGGAAAAGCAGUUUCCCGUUACAGGUCUAGACAAAACCUGUUUACGCACACUGUUGGUGUCUCUCUUCCUCCUUUUUUGUUGUUAUUUCCAUCUCUUCAUCUUUUCUCUGUCCUUGACAUUUACAUAUUUUUGACCAAUCAUGCAGACUCAUACACACACAACCAUAGACGAGUGUAUACGUGAGAUACACACAUUCACACAAGUGAUAAGUGUACAGUCAACCCCUGGACCGACUAGACAGGAAGUAGGUCAGCUGGCUCGGGCAGGGUGGAGGGGGGUGAGAUUAUAACACUGACCCGAGUGGUGGUGGUGAUGGUGGUGAUGGGGGAUUGUGUUAUUGUGUCUUUGUGUGGAAGUGUGUGUGCGUACGGGAGGAGGAGGUCAGGGGGCAGAGCUUCCUCUUGCACUGGGGUUCUCUUAAGCACACUGACCCUUAGAUACACAAAAAUACACACAAAGAAGAGACAGACAGAAAAAGAGACUAGGAAGUGGAGACGGGAGGAGAGAAGUGGCUUUUCAUGUCUGCCGUCUCUGAACUUUCUUCUUUCUCUUCUUUUGCUAAUGCCUCCACGUUCGCUGUUGUCGCAAGUCGACCCCCGGCAGCACCUGUUUGGGUGCUGUGUGUUUCACAGAGCGGGAGUCACGGCGGUGUCACUGCUUGUUGCCAGACUUUGUUCUGACUAACAGAUACCAAAAGAACAAAAGAGGUUGAGACAGACGUUGUGGUUUUUAAACAGACAGUGGUUUUUAUUUAUAUCGAGUGAAACACACACACACAUGCGGGUCAGAGGCGUCAGAAGCACGAGUUCAUCCAGUCAGCUGAGGAGAGCAACAGAUGGGAAACCAGCAGGAAGUGCAGCCCCGGCACACAUGAACAUACACACACAUACACACACAGAAAAAACACACUCUGCCAAUGAGAAAUGUGCUGUGCAGAGACUCAGGUGUGAGAUCUGUGAUGAAAGAGAGAGCAGGUGAGGAUGGAGAGGUAGCGAAAGAGAGAAAAAGAGGGUGAAGCAGAUGGAGUGAUGGAUUCUGAAAGACGACAAAGAAGAAGAAAGGGACACGGAGGCUGAGAGGGUGAGAUGUGACCAGUGACUAAAGUAGUCCAAAGCAAAGAUCCCACUCCAGACCCCCCCUACAUCCAUCCCUGUUGCCCAGUAAGGCUGCAUUCCUCGGCCCCUCACCACAGACGCCAUAGUAACGGGGCCACAGCAGUGCCCAAGGCUUACACAGAGCUUAUUCAUGAAUAGUCUAUAUACUGUAUGGCAGUCUGUCGCUGAGAAAUGCCCCUCUCCCUCCCACCCUCCUUUCCACCCCGCCUGCCUGCUUCUAGUUGACCUAUUUUCUCCCCCCCAAGUCACUGAUUGAGCUGCACCGAGUCUUUAAUUCUCUCUUACACUUGUACGGGCUCUUAGUUCUUGAAGUUGGCUCUGAUUGCAUGUGAACAGGAGGUUCUUACUUAUUUGAAUCAGCAAGAACCUUCAUCAGCUGAUUUCAGGAAAAAAAAAAGCUGAAUUCCACUUCGGUUCCACUUUUUUUGUGCCAACACUUCAGUUCUGGGGCUCCCUGUGUUGCAUUUACAUGAAUUUCACAGUAUUUGCUGAAUACAUUUUCUUAGAGAGAGCCUGCCUCUCCAAGUCUAUUGUCACAGUGAAGAGGAUGCGCCCCUGAGAAUUUAACAUAUCGGCUAAAUUUAGGAAACUUUUGUCGUCAUUCCUACACAGGAUUGCAUUUUAUUUUGAAAAGCUAUAGCAAGAUAAGAUAUAAUACAGUGGGAUACAUUUGUUAGGCUUUUAUAGCAUCACUAUGCAGGACAGUAUAUAUGAUAAAAUGCGAUACAAAAAAAACGUAUGUUACUGUAUUUUUGAAUACACUACAGCAGCAUAUGGUGCAAUAAGAUGUGAUAUGAUGCAUUUAGGCAUGUGCCGAUAUGAAAAAUUUGAUAUCACGAUAUUUGUGGCCCAAAAUAUCACGAUUCACAAUAUUAUCACCAUAUUUGCGCAUUGCUUUUAACCUUAUUAAAAGUGGCAAAAAACUGCGAAGCAAGAGGCAGCUAACGUGACGUUGGGAGCUUUAGCUAUUUGGAGCUAAAGUUAACAGAAACGUCACUAACGUUGUCAAUAAUAAGCAGUAGAGAAGACCAAACUUGUUGCGGUCAUGUUGUUUUUAUCUUGAUUUGGGCGAACGAUGCUGGAUGGUGUUCACAGAGGUGGGCACGUAGGUUUGAAGUGUUAGACAACGGCGCUGCAACUUCCUGCUCCGUCUGUUAUGUGAAGCCGUAAAACGUCCAUACUGCCGACAAAACCUUUUUAAUAGGAGGAUACAGCCAAGGCGUUUGGUUGGAAGUUGGAACGUGUGCGUCAACUUUUUUUUUCUUCUUAAAACUGUUUCCGGUUCACAGAGUGGACACGCUCCAAUAGUUCUUUGGGUGACCGCAAUGCAUUGUGGGUGGCCACGCAUUUUGUUGUAAAAUUUCUUCAUUUUCUCUUUUAAUGUUCCUGUUUUUGUUAGGCUGGCAUUAAUGUACUUAAGUCAAGAGUUUGUUUUGGAUUUGUGACUACUUUUGUGGUGUUUUGUUUGUACAUUGUGCUACCGAGGCUUUGACACCAUGGGUAAGACUACAAGUGGGUUAGGUUGGUAAGUACUCGGCUUUGCCACUCAUCUUCAAAUUAUAAUUGUGGAACAAUUAUUACAGUACCCUACGAUUUCAUCAUUGUGGCCGUUUAAUAUCACAUAUCGCGAUUAAAUCGUAUAUCGGCACAUCCCUAGAUGCAAUACAAUAUAAACAAUACUUUACAGAUGAGUAACAUUAAGCUGAUACACCAUGUAAUGGUAUAUGUUUUAGCAUGAUAAGAGUUUUGAUACAUGAUGCAAAGAUACAGUAUGAUGACUGAUGCGUAGUAUAAUUCUGAGGAAAGCAGUCUGUUCAACAUCAUCACCAGAGUUGUAGUCUGCAAGAGCGCAGUUUGUGGGUGAGCACUGAGCAGAAGGAGGAAAUGAACUAUAUGCAAAAAGACAUCAGUGUCUUUGAUUUGUAAACGAUUUCUUUGAAGCGUUCAGAGUGUAAACAGCAUGUAAAUUAGGGGAGAUGAAGCUGCAGCAGAAGAAAUAAACACAAGCAGUGAUCUUCUUGGAUAAGCUUAAUUCAUAAUGCUCUUUUUUACAGCAUGCUUUGAAGACUUAAUGGUUAAGUUUGAGCAUAGACGAGACAGUCGUUUUUAACUCUUGCCGUUUCACACACACUUACACACACACACUUGAUCUGAAGCGCUCGAAGGAAUCAUGUACAAGUAAACAAGUCCAUAGUAGGAGCUGAAUCUGUCCGUUGUGUCUGAUCACAUGGUGCAGGGCAGGAGAGAGGCAGGGAAGAUGGAUUGAGAUGACAGAGGCGGGGAGAAAUUGAGAAGAAAAGAUGAAUGAUGAGGGGGACAGAGGGAUGGACGGAGAGAUGACAGGGAAAGAUGCGAGAUGACGGAGUUGGCAGAGAUAGAUGGGACGGCCAAGGAGGCGAGGAGGGGAUGGGCUCAUUAGUAUCGCAGGACAAACUCUGCGGCGUGUAUCAUCUUUGGCGGGCUGUAAAUCUGUGAUUAAGAGUUGACUCCUGUUAAUGCACCGAACAUGUCUGGGUGAGACGUACUGGGAAUUAGGCUACCACAGCACCUCCUUGUAAAGCAAGCAGUGGUGAGCCCUGUUGUUAAGUGUAAGUGGUUUUAUAAGAGGCAGACCUGGCCCCAGCAUGGCUCCCAUCAUCCUCUUAGGGUCUUUAAUUCAAUCCACCCCACUCCUCUGUAAUUCACUUUCUUAAGACACUAACUGCACUCACCUGGCUGCUCUCUAGUGCAUAGAAACAUGUACUUUAGACACACAUUAAACCAAGAGCAGGCUCAUUUAACCGCACAAAAAAAACAACUCAUGCGGUGUUUAGCCACCGUCACUCUCGCUAAAAUAUGCAGAAUCAACACUUCAUAGAUUUUUGUGGCUACCUCGGGGCCUCAGGACAAGCUUAAAAGUUGCCCAUUAACAUACCCAGUAGACAGAGCCGCAUUAGUAUUCAUUUGUAGUCCUGUUUUUAACCACCUGAGGAAUGCAAGGCCAAUAUUUAUUCACUCACCCUUCAGCUCUGUUUGGUUGCCCUCUAACUGGAUCCAUAUUUUCACUAGCUAGCUACUAAGAUUUGUGGUUUAAGAAUAACCAUCCACAAUGCUAGGUUAACAAAAGCACAGUGACGAUGAAAGUAAAGUUGUGAACUUUUACAACCAAAACACUGAGCCGACAGGUGCUAAAAUAGAGCCACAAAAGCUGCGCUUACAGUGUUCAAGACAACACGAUUUCCAGCUCUUUAAGCUUUAAUUUAUCCUUCAUUUCAGCUGCUGCCUUAUUUAUUCUUCUUUAUUUUAAGUGGUAGUAAAUUAGGCAGAGGUUUGGGUUAGUUAUGCCCUUGCAGGAAAAAGUCUGAGGCUAGCUGUUUGAGCCCACUUAGCUCACAGUUUAGCCAGGUUAGCACACAUUAGCUACAGUAACAUUUACUUAAAAUGUUAAAAUUUGACUUACACCUUGAUGUUCUGGGCCUUACUUCAGGGGGAUGCAAAUCCAGCUCUCAUUGGCCUUUGUUUACAAAAGAGUCAGUGAACUGAAGAGUUGUAAAAAAACAAGUUGUUGUCUGCAAAACACAAAAAAUGUUGUCAUUGGGAAAAGAAAAUAGCUGUGAUUUUUUUUUCUCACAACUAAAAGAAACACUUAUAAGCAACAUUAUUUAACAUAUUUGAUUGACAAAGUGCAGCCUGACAUCAGGUUGUUGCCAUAUCUUGUAAUGAGUCAAUGCAAAAUCGUUUCUUACCACAAAUUGCCUCUCGGGGACAAUAAAGAUUUCUUGACUUGACUUGACUCUACAACUGACAAAGUACUUUGAUUCUCCUUCAGCAGUAAGAGCAAUUUAUUUUAAAAAUCCAGAUUUGAUUUUGUUCCUUUAUGUAAAAACAACCCUGUAGACUAGUUCCCCAUUCACCUGCUGCACGAUUGGCUUUUCUAUCAGUGAAAUAUGUUUUACAAAAACACAUUUACUGUCCUUGUCAUAUUUCAUGUCCUCCUGAUCCACAUGUCAACUGACUGUGUUUGAUAUGACAGUCUCAAACGGAUGACAGGAACAAUAGAUGAUGGAUAUCUUAUGCCCAGGCUUCAGCUGCAAAUACAUUUCCAUUUCCUUUUGAUAAAACCUCUUCAUCUGCAGGUUUCAGUCCCUUAAGACAAGUACCCUGAGGUUUUAUUUUUACAUCAGGACAUGUUUGGAUUGUUCCCAUAAUCACACUCAACCUCGAAAUACCUCUAUACAGCUGACAUGCUUGUUGAUUCAUAUCUGUCGAGCUUUUUUCUUCCAAUACCAAUAUUGUGCAGGUAAAAUACACACCCCAAUGAGUCUUUUAGACCCAGAUCUGAUGUAAUAUAUAAAAGUUAAAGGUGAGAUAAAAGAGAAAAUUUCACUCUUUGGUCAGCUUUGACUCAACCCUUCCGCUGAAGCCCUUAAAUUUGGAUGCCUACCUGGAAAAAAUGAGGCACGUGCAACAACACACACAUCUAAACAUACAGACUGAAACUCCUGAAUUGAUGAGAAAGUUUAAGACACUUUUAGAAGGAUUGUUUGUGCAUUAGGACUUGGAGUUUCAAAGUGUUCAUGAGUUUUUGUCUGAAAAAGUGUUAAAUUGAAGUACAAAUAGGUCACAAUGACCCCGACACAACAGCAGGAUUAUUCAAAGUGCUUUUUGCUGACAAGCAUUAAAGCUUUUGUUGUUAAUCAUGAGAUGAGUCACACUUCAAAUUACAUCUGCUGUCUGAAAAAUGUUCAUUGUGUAGACUCUUAUGGAAAUGUUGACCUGAAAAGCAUCAGCGUGUAUUGUGGUCACUGGUGUCCCUCCUGAGUCAUUUGUUUUGAUUUCAUGGCUAAGGUAAAAACUAAGCUCGUGGUUAGGUAAGAGUUAAGGUCAGGAAUGCAGUGAAGAGGAUUAAGGUUAGCUUGAGGAAUGAAAGAAUGAAUGCAGGCAGUAAAAGUCCUCACACAUGUUGUGAAGUGGCUUUCACAAGGGCUGAAGCUCGGCACUCUAAAAGCCAUUAUUUCUAAUGGCAUGUGCUGCCCAUGGACCAACAUCCCCCUGUUCAAAGAAAAGAGUGGAUUCAUCUCAGUGGCCCUGCGCCCAGAGUUAAUCCUACUUCAUUUUCCUUUCACACAAAAACACUCCACAUCAAGGAGAAAUGUUCAGGGGAAAAAACAAACCAGAGGCAAAAAGAUUAAGACCAAAAACAGAAGUUUUAUCUUUGGACGCACAAGGAUGUCUGAAGACAAGCUCGCUUCUUCUAGUGUUCUUUUUGAAUGUCAUGCUGUCGGUGUUGCGCUGAACGCUAGCAAGAUAACAUUGACGCUGUCCUCCUGCAGUGUAGAUAAGUGUUGAGUGAGGUGAGGGAAGCUGUGUCCUAUCUAACAGACACUUAUGAUAAACCUAUCACCGUUUAUGUUGUGUGAAAGACUGGCAUGUCAGGUCAGACUUUUGACUUGUCUUUGACUGUGGUUCACAGGAAGUGAAGGACAUCUUUGUGGGAAUAAUUGUUGAAAAACUGAGACGCUCUGUCUUAAAUUGUUAGAUUUAAGAUCAUGAGGUUAGUAUUUUAAUAAAUAGUUAGAGGAAGCUAGCUAAAAAUGAGUAAGGAGUGAGUGUGUAAGGGCUCAGGGCAUCACAGUCAUCUAUAACUUUUUUAAACACCCCGUCUUCCUCUCUUGGUUGACUAUCUUGGUAGCUGUGACUCGUGGAAAGUUGGUACUGAGUCAUAAAGUCGUGUUCAGCAGGUACAUUGAUACACAAGCAUGUGAGUCAUUGAUUCUUUUGAUUAGGUCCAGUUGAUGUUGUUGGAAAACCUUUUUCCAGGUCUAUGAUGAUUAAUUUUGGGGCUUUCAGUCAAAAAACAGGACAGCUAUUCCAAGGCAACAUGAUGGAAAGAGUGGGAAAUCACAUGUGGCAAAGGGUCACAGGCUGGAACUGAACCUGGGCUGCUUUGAGGACUUUGGCGUGGACUGCAUGGUUUAACCACAGAGCUAAGUUAGUACCCUAAAAACCACAAAAAAAACAAAAAAAAACAGAGCUAUUGUUUUCAUUAUUCACAUGCAGUAGAUCCAGUCACUCCAGAUGACUGUUGAUCUCCCAGUACGAUCUUGAAGAUGGGAAGGUAAUGUACAAGUAUGGAGUAAAAUGCAGAAUCCAUGAAGGUACUUAUUUAGCUCCUUGGUUAAGGUAUGCACCCCACAUAAGAGGCUAUAGUCCUUGACUCCCUUCCCUAGUCCAUUUAUGCAUAUCAUUCCAAAGCAGCGUCAUCAGGUUUUGAAAGCCAUCGUUAAAGUGAGCUAGCUUACAGACGGGCAGGUUGAAGUGGUUUGCCAGGAGGCCAUCACAACUCCAGCUCUUUGCCUAUUUUAAAGUUUCAUUUUGGCAUUUUUGCCUUUACAAGGAGUCAAACCAGCGACCACUGUUAAAGGGACUAUAGUCUCUGUAUAUGAGGGUGCUUCAACUGCCAGCCCAUUGGUACCCUAAGUCCUCCAAUUUGAUAUGGCAACUGCUCGAUUUGGCUUUGUAAUGCCUCUGCAGAAACCAACUGGUGACGUCCACAUAAUGAAAGUCAACCACAUGUAUAUUUUACACAGUCAAUGUCUACACCCCUGUCUGUUCUAUCAAAUAAAGGCAAAGUGGCUCAAAAAAAGUCUAAAAAAUGGGGCGCCACUUCGGUUAAGCAGGCACCCAAAGUGGAAGGGUUGUGGUCCUCUUGACAUCGAUUCCUGCUCCAGGCAGAAUUUGGUAAAUCACAUCCUGCUCCCUCCCAAUACAGUACUUUUGAUCUGCCUUUAAGACUGAUGUUUUGUUUUGUGAUUGCUUCUAAGACUGCAAAUGAAAACCACAACUUGCCUCUUACCUUUACAUUAAACAUAGUCCAUAAGUCAAAAUAGUCCUUGUAAGGUAACCUGCUGAAAAACUGCACAGUCAUCAUCAGGGUUGACCAAAACUUUGUUUGUUUUUGAGUUCUAUUUUUUGCUGUAAUUUCAGCAGCCUCAUGGAGACAUCCACUCAGACUCACCGUGAUUCAUCCGCCACCAGUGAGGUCAUGUGGCAGUCAUGUGACGCUCAGAAGAAACACAAAAUAAGGAGAAAAAAAAAGAGGAAGGGGGGCAAAAUUGCUCUAGUCAUUGGGAACUACAACCUGCACACACACACACACACACACACACACACACACACUCAGAUGCACUGACAAAGCCUGGUACACGCUGAGAGCUCAUUCUGCAAGUGGCCUAUAAAAUAUGAAUGAUAUCGUGCUAUAUUUUUAUCAGCCAGCCGGAGGACAUGUAUGAACUGGAGCAGCAAAAACGCUCAGUUUCCCCAGCCACAGCGCUCGUUCUGUAUGUUACGCAUGGAGAAGACUCUUCUCCACAUGCAUGCAUGCAAACAUCAUGUAUCUUCCAGAUAUUUGGGUUCCUUUGCACAUUCGCAUGAACAUCACGCGCCCCUGCGUGCAUGUGCGUUGAUUUAAUAUCAUCUGGAUGUUUUCACCGUGUAAUAAACAGCAAGGGAAAGAAAGUGUAUCGUGAGACUCGUCUAGGGAGCUGCUGUCAGAACUUUGUAUGCAGCUCGGAGAGUUAAUUCACACAGCUGCCAAACACAAACACGCAGUUGGAGAGCGAAAAAGAAAGUGAGGGAGGAAAAAUCUACCUGCAUAGGCCUGAUAGGGAAGCGAGCAGACGCACUGACUGCAGAAGGUUGCUGUCUGCUCUGCUAAAAAAGCCUUGCAGCCUCUUUUCUGACUAUCUGUUUUUGCACAUGGGUUUAGUUGGACACACACUCUUCAUUUUGAGCCCACUCAAACUGGUUAGAACAUUUGAACAGUAGCCUUUGUGUAGGAGUGCGCUUUUGGCACAGUGUGCGAGUGUGUGUGUGUGUGUGUGUGUUUGUGUGUGUGUGGUUGAUUAUGAGAGUGCGAGAGAGCGAGACAGCGGGAGGAUGUACUUGAGACAGAGUGUGAGAGAAUGAGUUUGUCCGUUUUUGCUCGUGUAUGUGCAAAGUGAAUGUGUGCAGGGGACGCACACACACACACAUGCACGCACAUACACACACACAUGCACGCACAUACAGCAGAGAAAAAGGGGUGAAAAACGACAGGAAAAAGGAAGGAGAGCAAGAAAAGCACAAGGGCCCGUCUUCAGAAAGCGCUGACAGGUUGACAGGUCUGCUGAGACGCGCAGAAACAAACAUAUAGAGACAGCAAGGGAGAGAAGGAGAGAGAGAAGAAGAGAGAGAAAGACACCAGGGAGAGAGAAAAAUGAAAAACAUACCGAUGAGAAGAGAAAGUUCGCUUUUAUGAAGACAAACGAUCAAACUUUGGGCAUGCAGAUGACGCAUUUACUCUACAAACUUUAGCUCUACUCAGUUGUCUUCUCUAAUUUGACUGUCAUCCUGAGUUUUUUUUUUUCAGAUCUGCUUUUAUGCAAAAAAAAAACACAGAAGUGGUGUUAAAAUGACUAAGAGAAAGGAGAGAAAGGUGUCAAAAUGAAAGACCCCAAGAGAGAAGUGAUGGGAGGUUAGAAAAGACAGAAAAAAAGACGUGAAGACUUGUCUGCGGACAGUGAUUUUCUUCUUAUAUCAUCUGGACCUUAGUUUUGUCCCAAGUUAACCCUCUUCGGCUUGUCCAAAUGAGCCAAAAAGAGGCCAAAGAAAGACCAAGAAAUCCGAAAUAAUGUUUUGAAGUCACCUAGACAAAGCCCAAAACAAUACCCUGCAAAAUGUCACCCUUGUGUUAGUAGGUCACAUACAGCGCAGGAUGUGUUUAUGAGAACAGGCACUGUAAGUUUGGAGUCCUUGUUUAAGUAAGACGCUUAUUGCAGCUCAGACAUGUCCAAAAGUCAAGUUCAGAAAGGCAGAAAGUAAAGCGGUAACCUCUGAUGUCGAAAAGUGAAGCUGUUUGGAAGUGUAAAAGUCUUCAGUUCCCAUUAGUGGACACUGGACACUGGAUUUAAAAGCCAGGGGGACCCAUUAGAGCCCUGAAUAAAGUACCCCUGUUUGCAGCCUGAGACACAAAAUAGCUUUAAAUCACAGACUGUGUAAUAACUGGAUGUAGCAUCACUGACGUCACUUAUUUGUUUAGUUAUGAAGCCUGUCGUCUGCGGUUACCAGUGGAUCCAAAAUACCAAACUUUUCAACCAAUUAGCCAAAUAUUAACCCCAGUUGAAUUUACCUCAUUUAUUGAUUCAAAGUGCAUUGCAGCGCAGUGUACAUUUAAGAGUUCCUUUUUAAACAAGAAGUCAACAGUAUCUUCUCCAGUAAGGUACAAACAAAGCUGCAGAAAGUUUCAACUGUCAUAAUGAAAAAUGGCUCGUAGCUUUUUACUAAACUUUUAAAUGUCAGAAGGGAAACACGGGGAGAGAAAAGAGACAUCGCCAAAGCUGGUAAAGAGUGUGAGUGUUUGUGGGACUCUGCUGGAAUGAGAAGAGCUUGGAAAGAAAGACUUGUCCUGGACUGUGUCAGCAGUGAAGGAGAGAAAGAGAGAACGAGCAGAUAAAAGGGCGAGAGAGAGAGACAUAGAUGGACUUCGGAUGGUUGGAGAACAGAAGCAGAGAGUGUGAAAGAGAGAGAGAGAGAGAGGAGGAAAGAGUGGGUGAAUACCAGCUAUUGUUGGAAUGCCGUAGCAACGCGCAGUGCAGAUGAAGGGGGAGGUGUGUGUGUGAGUGUGUGUGUGCGUUCAGGGGUCAGUGGGUUUUAUGCUGUGUUCAAGUUGUUCAAAGCUAGAGAUGUGUCGACUUCUCUGUUGGCAACCUAAAGCAACUCUAGGCUUAAAUCAUUAGCUAGUCCGGAUCCAAGCUUUAACAGAGUCCAGUCCUGUAUUUCAGACUCAUGUCUCAACACCUGAGGAGCUUAAUUAGUCCAACAAAACAUGCACAUGGGAUAACACACAACCCACUGUUCAGAUCAAGGUAUUCACUGUUGUGAUAAGGCAUGAAGACAUGUCUGAGCGUAUCGGCUAAAACUCACACAUCAGCCCUUAUCUCUUCAAUAAUCCUGCUCUGUUUCUUUUUGUCUCUCCAGGAUCCCGCCGGCAUCUUUGAGCUGGUUGAGCUGGUGGGAAACGGCACCUAUGGCCAAGUGUACAAGGUGAGACACACACAAACAGACUUUGAUACACAGUAGUCCUGACUCUGAUGGUUUACUCUGCUAUAUUAUCAUUAGCAUGUAUGAAGUAAAGACAAGAAAUGUGCACUAUGACUGAAGGAAACUGAAGCUUCAGAGAAAUGGAGCAGGUAAAGGUCCUUACACACCGAGGCUGACACGAAUAUAGAAUAUGGUAUGUCAUAUGGUAUGUUGUAUCUGAACAGGUUAGCUAACGAGCUAAAGUUACUUAGCACAGAUGAAAGUUAAAACAAAGAUGUUUCGCAAACUGUCAAAGCACACAAACCAUCGUCAUAUGAGAAAUCCAAUGCUAUGACUCUCCACAAGUUAUCCUUCAGGUCGUUAUCUUAGUAAUGUUUGUGUCUUUUAUCAAAAUGCACUGUGUUCUCCGACAUGUAAACAAUCAACCAGUCGGCCAUGUUGGAUAUCAUUAUACGCAAUCUGAUCGGUCAGAAGUGGACACACAGUCUGCAAAACUUGUAUUGACAGGAUACGGGUUAGAAAAAAAAUAUAUAUUGACGUUCAAAAUAAAAGCACGACAAAAAAGGUCCCAAUGUGAAAGGAUUUUAAGACUGUGGCGAUGCAGAAACUGGGAUAUGUCUGAGUGUUUUUUGAGAAUAUUUCCCACACACCUUGUUUCUCCUCUCUAUCCUCCUGCUGUACUGUACUUUACUGCGUGUUUUUCUGCACUCUUCUUUUCUAACUGAGGUAUUUCAGGAGGAAGUGUCUCUAAGAGACACAGGAAAUGUUGCGCUCAGCGUCUGAUGUUGUGACAUCACUGUGGUUUGUGUUUUUGGCUGUCAGCUGUGUACCCCUGUCAUUUAAACCCUAUCUCAUGGCCCAUGUCACAGCCUGGACUUCCUCUUCUCGGGAUGAUGGCUCUCUGCUCUCUGGUCCUCAAUUCCUGUUUCCUGACUCUGCUGCCUCAUCCUGUCACUCUGCAGGAUGUGGCAGCGGGCUGUGACACUGUUUUAUCGCCUGCAGCAGCUGUAAACAUGUGUUUGUUAAAUGUGUAUGGAUGGUUUGAGUAUGCGAAAACCCCUUGAGUGCAUAUUCUGUGUGUGCACGAGUGUGUGCAUGAGAGAGCGUGUCUAAUGGAGCAGGAAGUCAAGGUCAGGUGGUGAUGGAGAGGGGCUGUUCUCACACCUGAUUGGACAGGACAAAGAGGUCAGGUAGAGGUUAGAUGUUUCUUGAAAUAGUCAGACAUCCUCAAAUGUGUGAUUGUAUGUGUGUGUGUGUGUGUGUGUGUGUGUGUGUGUGUGUGUUUGUGUGUGUGUGUGUGUGUGUGUGUAAGGUAAACAAUAGAAGAAAACUUAGAAAAAACACAAAAGAAGCAGAGAAUAGGAGAGUUAUGUGGAUCCUUGUAUUGCUGACUCUGCUGUCUUGGUGAAAGUCACGGCUCAUUUACUGGCUGACAUUCAGCCGGCUUGUUCCUAUACAUUACCGGGGUGCGGAUCGCCCAUGGCAACAGCACCGGCCUGUUGGGUCAGUUUCACAUGCAGCUGAUCUACUCUGGUUUAAGUGCAGAUUAGUAUGAUGCUCAAUGGAGACGAUAGUAAUGUUGGUUUAACCCUCCUCCUGUGUUAGGGUCUGCACUGACCCGUAUUUGUUUUUUAAACGCUUAAAAGAACCACUUAAAUGACCUUUUUUGCAUCAAGAUUUUUGACUUUGUCAGGAAACUCUGUAUCAACAAAAUAAAAAUGAAAAAUUGAAAUUGAAAAUUAUGGCAUUUUUCUUGUUAGGUUUGACCCGGUUAGAUUAAUAUCUUAUAAUUAGAGCAAAAACUGAAAUCAUAAGUGCACUGACAGGCACCGCACUGCACAAAAAACAACAUCGGGCAUGUCCAGACAUGUGAGAUCAAUUCAGUAUAGAUGUCUGUAUGAGGGGUAUACUGACAAAGAAAGUCCCCAGAGGACCACAACAAAAACUAUUAUCAAUAAUACUUUCAUGGAUAAUGAAGCCUAACAAGGUAACCUAGAGAUGAGAACCAAAUUGGAUGAUAGAGAAUUGUUUUUAGUGUAAUUUACAGCUGAUUUAAGACACAGGUCAAAACCGACCCUUAACAUGGUGGGUGUGUGGUAAAAGCUAACACAGGAGGACGGUUGAUCUGCUAAAUCAAAACAAUAAUAUCUGUAACAUCUAACAAUAACAUUGAACACACUUGCGUGCAGUUACAUUGAGUAUAAAAUCACCUUUAUUUACACAGGCUUGGUCUUCUGAGUUCACAGGUCUCUUUAACAGAUGAGCCCUGGCCAAGAAUAACAACAUCAGAGUCAGAGGGUUUCUAAAAAAACAAACCACAUACCACAUUCAGAGCGUUAAGACAACAGCUGAUUAAAAAAAAAAAGUCCAGGGUGACUUAAGUUCAAAGUUUAAGAACAGUUUGUGGUUGUUUCAUGCAGCAGGUGUGUAAAACAGCUUUCUUUCUUUCUUUCUUUCUUUCUUUCUUUCUUUCUUUCUUAAGAUUAGAGUCAGGGAACAAUGAAUUACUCAACGCAAAACGAGCAAAGGUUGUUAUUUCUAUCCUUCAAGAUUGAGAAAGAGGAUUUGCAGGUGGUUAUUUGGCACAGAAUGUUGUUUAUGAUUGACCACUUACUCGCAAAUAUGACCUUUUUUAUGCACACUUCAUGCUAUAUUUGUUGGUCAGCAUUUUAAUUAAGGAAUGAUUCAAUUAAGAUGUCUUCAGGUAAGAUCUAAUAGAAGAAAUAAUAUCAGUUCAAACCUGCUGCACUCUCAAAGCUCUUUCUUCGGUUCUGUAAAACCAGAAGAGAUUGGAUUCAUACUCACAGAUAAGCGGCGGAGUCACUUGAGCAAAAACACUGUCUAUUUUAAAUUCCUCAUGCGGUUGAGGUCCCUCGUCUCUGCCUGCAGAGGAUCAGCUCCUUGUGAGCAGGUGAAUCUGUGACUCACUCAGAUGAUAAAUUGACCUUCAGCUUGCUGGGUAUUAGUGAACUGGAAUUGCUCAGGCUCCCUCUGAAACCAUUUUUAGACACCUGUUAUAUCAUAAAAAAAAAAAGCGCAUAAGGAUGUAUAGCUUUGCCCUGUAGUGUCCUCGCUCUGGAUCAAAAAAUACAUGUGAGGAAACACAGGAGGAAUUUUGGCUCUCGAUCAGAGACACGAGCCAGGCCGGCUGUAAACAGGAGUUUACUCCUCGUUUUGAUUCCAAAAAUAAAUUUAAUUUGCUGAAUGGCAAGGGGCCAGUUUGACUUUGAUGUGCCUGUGUGAACAUACUCCGCAAGUUUACAAGUGAUGCUUUGAUUUUCUUCUAUUUAAUCAUCAGAGAAUUCCUCCAUCCAAAUUAUGGUUUAUUUAUUCCUGGUGGAGUUUUAUUGUAGAAGUUAUGCAGAAAAUAUGGAACAUAAAAGUGUUAUUUGAUCUAAUCAUCUCUGCUUGAAAGUGGCUCAAAACCUGAAUUAUUCAUGUCUGCAGAAAACUCAGAUGGAGUCUAUCUUAUUGGAUCAUUAAAACCUGAUGGCGUGAAAAAUACAGCAGGUUUAAGUUGAUACCUGCUUCAUUCCCUGAGCAGGUAAUGUUUUUUUGACAUUUUAAGAUCCAUGCAGGAUAAAGUAUGUGUGACUUUUGUGAUAUUUUCUCAUAGGGCUGGGCGAUAUGGCCUCAAAUCAAGAUCACGGUAUAUUGAGCAGUUCACCUCAAUGUAACGAUAAAUGGACGAUAACUACUCUACAAGCUGCUCACCCCCUCACACAUUAACUUUGUCUACUUCAACCGUCCUCCAUCUCCUCACCUGUCUUUCCCUCUUUGUUAUGGACUGGAUGGUGUGGAGCUUGGGCGAAAAUUUGAUUUCAAAGGUGGAGGGGACACAUGUGGCUUGAGUCCUGUUGCGUACUGUUGAGACGUAUAGCCUAGCAAACAGCACAUCUCACACACACUGUGACAGAGGAGGCAAUGCGGCCAGCGGGUGGAUGAAACCUCCGAUGAAUGUGACGUUACAGAGGUAAAAUGAACGCCACCCCACUGUAAACUUACAUCGGCGAAUAGCGAUGUCCACGGACUGACUCUUACAAGCAACUUGCAAAACACUAGUCCAGCGGGCAUGGAAUGACUGACAGCAGGGAUAACCAAUCCCACACAAAAAGCGGCCUUGUGGGCGGUCCAAACCAAGGGGAACUAGUUUUCAGCUUGAGGGGCCAUUUGGUCCUAGUUCCUGACGUGUAUCGGUUUGCUGUAGAGUAAAGGAAAAUAGCUUUCAGACAGUUAAAACUGCAGGGGACACAGGGAUAUGGGGGACUUAAAGGGACAGUGUCUUAAAGGGACAUGGGACCAUAGCCUACCUACACACAUCCAAAACCAACUUUUAUGUAUCUAUUUAUUUUAAAUUUUUUCUACACCAAAUAUAUUGACACGGGCAUAAUGACGUUGGUUAUUCUUGUAAAUUUCGGUAUCUGUAAAUUUUUGGUUUACCGUCCAGCCCUAUUUUCUUAGUUCAGAUGCUGUUGUUUUUUUUUGCAGCAGUCUGCUUUGUACACAAUGUGCCGGAAAGCCAGAGAUAUAGCUCUCAGUAUACUCAUGCAUGCAUCCUAUUGUCUGUGCACAUGCAAAAGUAUCGGGCAGCAGCACAGUGUUUUAUGUUAUAGGUGACCAGUAAAACGCCACAUCGCUGCACUUCAGUAUGUCUGCGAGUGAGAGAUAACAGGUUUAUCAACAAUUCCAUUACCCUGUCUAGUUAAAUGAUACAGAUCUGCUCCACAUUGCUCUUUUCCUCCCUCUCCUCCUGCUCCCUCCCUUUUUUCUCGCUCUCUCUCCCUCUCAAAGUCUCAUCUCAAUUUAAAAAAUGUGAUGAAAAGUUGAUCCAGGUUGUUGUUUUUCCUCGCAGCGUCCCUGUCAGCAAAAAUAGUUCGGACGAGAACAGUGAUAGACGAGUAGCCGCGGCGCAAAAGAUAAUUUUAGCUCUGCUUCUCCCCUCCGUCUCCCUUUCUCAUCUUACAUCUCCUUGGCAGUUCUGUUUCCUUGUUUUCCUUUUCUUCCUCUGUCUUGUCAUCCCCUCCCUCGUUUUCUUCAACGCUCACAUCUGCACAUUUCUUAUCAAUAUAUAAUCAGGUUUUUCUUCUCGUUUCCUGUGUUUUUUGGCCUGAAUCUUCCCUGGUGAGGUGUACUUAAGGGAGCAGCCUGUGCCUACAGUUUGUGUAUAUAUAGCUGCUACUGGCUGCUCUAAAAGGGCCAUAAAUAGAGAACACGGGUAAUGCUGAAUAAUUAAACACAUUCUCCUUCCUCUCUUCUCCUCUCUCCGUCCUCCUCUUUUACUAUUUCCUCCUUUAAGCUGUUGUAACUCUCUUCUCAUCUCCUUCAUCAGUGUUUCCUUCCUUUUUUGCCGUCUCUCCUCCUCCCUCACCCUUCUCUUAGAUCUCGAAUCUUUCUGCCCUGUCUCCUCCUUCUCUCCUUCUUUCUGAUGCCUGUGAAUAUUUGAUAGGGAUGAUGGGAACUCUGGAUUUACACCGGUUGGAAAAGGGACCACCCCCUUGUCAGCGAUUGGACAAAACUCGCCCUGACUAACCGACUGACUGGACGACUUAUUGACUGACAGACUUAUCGAUCGGCUAAUUGAUUAAUCGCAAACACCCCCUGUCAGUCCCGCGGGAGAAGUCAUUUUUCUCCCUGAUGCAUUCAAGGACGAUUUGAAAGGGCGACAAAUCAUAUUUUCGGACACAAGAGCGCAAGUACACACAAGCAUGUGAGGGAUGACACACGCAGACCAUUGUCUUCUUAACCGUCUCCUCGCAGUAACAGAUUUCCUGCGCUUGUGUGCGGCGUUGUGUACGUUUCCUUUUUGUUUUUUUCUUUCACCCUGACUCUGCUGUCGCCAUGCAGAAGAGGAGAAAGAAAGGAAGAAGAAGAAGAGGAAAAAAAAAAGGGGCAGACCAAUCUUUUUCUCCCCGAUGACAGAACACAUCCACUCUGCUCCUCCUCAGGCAAAGUGCUCCACACACUCUUUAAAUAUUCACCAGCCUCCCUCUCUCUCUCUCUCUCUCUCUCUCUUCCCCUCUCUCUCUUUCUCACACACACACACACACACACAGGGACGUUUGGGACUUGGCCGUAUGGGCUUUUAUAUGCUCACCCACUGUGACAGCAAGUCUCUAUAAAGAGCAGCUGUGUGGUUUCCAUUUACUGCAGCAGAGAGUGUGCAUAAACCAAUAUAUGUGUGUGAACAAGGGGUCUGAAGACGCGUGUAUGUAGUGACACGGCCUCCGAUUGAUGUGUGUGUCUGUUUGUUUGUUUUUGUGCGGACGGGACUCAGUAGUGUGUGUGUGUGUUUGUGUGUGUUAUGUUGAAGAAGCUUCCUCUUGUCAUGGCGCUCUGAAAAGUUAAUGAGCCGAUGAGAUCACACAAAGCAGAAGAAAGGGCCUCGCAGUUUAAGAAGGAAGCACGCUCUCCGUGAUGUCAAAAUUACCUUGUUGCCAUGGUGACACAGGUUCCCAGGAAGUAAACAAACGAAUGGGGUGUAGUUUGGGGUUUAAGGUUAGCUUUAUCCCAUUAUCCAGUCAUAUCUCUCUCCUUUCUUCUCACCCUCUGAACCCCUUCACUAUGUUUCUUCCCUUGCUCCCAAUUUUUGUCUUUCUUACAUCUCUCUUUCCUUUUGUCUUUCCUUUUGUCUUUCUUCUUGCGUUUCCCCCUUUUUUCUCCUGCCCCAUUUCUACUUCUUUUUUUGCCUUCUCUCUCCCUUUCCUCUUCUCAACUCUGUCCUCCAUUUUCUCUUUCUUUCCUCUCACCCCUCUUUUCUCUUCUCUCUCCCCUUUCUCUCCAUCACUUCUUUCUUUUUUCUCACUGUCAGAUUUCUUGCUUUCUCCCCUCUCUCCAUCAUUUUGUCAUUCUUCCCUCUCUCCAUUUUUUUUUCUUUCCUUCCUCGUUUCCUCGUUUCUCUCUCUACUCUCUGAUCUCCUUUCUUUUCCCUUUCUCUCCUUCAACCCGCUUUUCUCCUCAAUUUCUUUCUCUCCCUUCACCUUUUUAUCUCUCCAUCUCUUCUUAACCUUACUUUUCUCCAUCUUCCCACUCUCUCUCUUUUCCUUCUGUCACUCUCUGACUCCUCCUUUCUCCCUUUCUCUUUUUUCUCCCCUCUUUUCAUCUCCGUCCCUCUCCCCUUUUUUCUUCCUGUCCCUCUUUAAGUUUUUAUCUCUUCUUAUCCUUUUAUACCUGCGGUGCCCCCUCCUCUUUAAUACUUCUGGACCCUCAGUUCUUCUCCUCGUCCUCCCUCCUCUGCUCUCUUAAGAACCUCUUAAAACUUCAAAGUUGUGUCUUUAUCUUUUUUAUCUGCUGGAAGUCACGCUGCAAAGGACUGUGGGAGUUUUCUUCCUCUCUGCGUGCUCGCCACAGCCACUUCUCUGCCUCCCAUUCACAUGCUCCCGCACACACACACAAACACAAACACACACUCAGCUCAGAGAAGCAGCAUGAGGUGUAAAAGCUCAACUGGAAAAGGAUAGAAGACAGAGUGACGUCAUGUUUCUGUCUUUGUUUGAUGUCCCCAAGUCCUCCUGCGAGCGUCUCUCAGCGGGACAGAAGAUCAAACCAGCAGCGUGUGGAAGAAGAGACUGAUUAAACCGAAAUGGCAACUCCAUAAAUCAGUGUUUGACAUGACUUUGUGCUGCCACUUCUUCCAGUGGUAUUAAACUUGUUUUAGUACAGCUGAGCUUUUAAAUGCAAAAGGCUGGCAUCAGUCAUUCUGCACAGUCUGAAUAUAUAUAACAAUAUAUAACAAUUGAUUGGUAAUUAAGGGGCUUUAAACUUGCUCUAAUUGCUUGUUUUGCAUGCUGGUGAGGAAAAAUAUAGAAAUGUGUAGAGCUCACAAAGCCAGAAUCAGUCAGACACCUAGAUAAUGCAAUCGGAAUUCGAUUUUCUCUACCAUGUAACCAGCCUAGUCAGAGCAUGAUCGGACAAUGCAUGUGCGCCAACCCUGGAACAAAAACACCAGAGAAGAGGAGUAGCGUGCAUCUCAUCUGCAGAAAAAGUAGUGCGUACAUCACGUACGACAAAAAAACGCUGUAUGAUGCUCCAUCUUCUUGCUCAAAAAUGCCCAACAGCAGUUGUAGCCACUUCUGACGUCUGACAUGGACCUGCUGUUGUUGCUGACCCUUAUAUAGGGUCGGAAACAGUACCGCUGCAAAGACCCACAUCACCCCCUAGUUCUGGGGAGGAGGACACGCUAACGUCAAUAUUCAAUUUUUUCAGCUGCAUGCAUACGCGGACAAAUAAUGAGCUUAGUCCGAUUAAGCUGUGCAUGUAAACGCACUGACUGUUAUCUGAUAAAACAGUCCUGCGUUAAAACUCUAUUAUUGUGAAGGCAGAGGGUCCUGACCUGGUGGAAGCCAUUCAAACUGGAGUCCAGUGGAUGUGGGUGGGUCACCUGCACUCUCAUGCCUCUCAUAGAGUGACUCCUGUGGUUUCCCGAUUGACUUUACUGGCUGUAUCGACCUCUUUUGUCAAUAUCUGACAUUGAGCGCCUGUUUCAUGCAACCAUGUUGAAAGAAAAAGUCAUAUCAUUUUUAUAAUCAAACAUCAUUUCAUGGAUGUUUAGACUCACUCCAAAAAUCCCUGAACUCGAGUGAAAACUUAUAUUCUUAACACGGAGUUAGACACCCCUCGAUAGCUGAAUGUUGCUGACCACUUGCUUCUCUAGUUAUACCAACUUUAGCUCAAGGAAGAUCAUUUAUGCCUCGGUCUGAUUGCAUUUCCAUGAAGAAAUGAUCAUAAAUGUUCUUCCUUGAGCUGCGUCACCCCGCUGUAGUCUGUAAUGGACUGGCCUGAGGUCUCGCUACAAACAAGCGGCUGCUGGAAGAGAGACAGUAAGUUGUGUUUAGUCUCUUUGCUAGAAAAAUUAUGCAAAGUUAAAAAGAUGUUUGGUGGCUAGUACUAUGGCUGGGACCCUAUAUGUACUGUUGAUGAAGUUAGGUGCUGUUCUGAACAUUAUUUGUGGCUAUAGAGUGGUGUUUUGGUCGAGGUUUGUUUAUGGCUCCUCAGACCGCUGUGUAUUGCUAUCUUAUGGUGGAGAAGCAAGCAGUCGGCAACAUUCACCUCUCGAGGGGGGUGUCUAACUCUGUGUUACGGUGUGUUUGACCCUAAAUUAAAUUUACGCCGGAAUAUUCCUUUAACUCUUUCUUGCAUUGUCCUCUGGAACAUAAAUAUGUUCGUAAUGCUGCUGUAUCAGUUGGUGCUGCAGUUAGCGUGAUAAGAAGCCAGCAUAUGUCAGUAUAAAAAAUUUAUGAAGAACUGUAUGUUAGCAUAAAUGCUAAGGGCGUGCUGCUGGAAGGUCUCAGAUGGGAUCAUCUGCAGGAUACGAGGCACAGUAUGGUUUGUGUUCAUGUGUGUUCAAGUGGAUGUAUAUGUGUGCGCCCUUUGUCAUAUAAUGCACUCUGACACUGUGUAGAUAUGUUAUUUACCUACACACACAUGCUCCUCAGUCCCUUUAGCCCCCAUGACUGAACUGUGAACCAUAACUGAAGUAGAUGAUGCCUGUUACCGUGGGAACAGCAGAUGUGAACGUCCUGCCCCCGUUCGGUGACGCGCACACACAAACACGCUAACGUUCACACCUGGCAGUUUGUUCAUUAGCCUACAUCCUCACUCUGCCUUCCCCAAGGCCACACGCCCCACUUACCCACAAUGCACUCCUGUCACCCACACCAGGGUCAAUUAUCUCUGCUCGAUGCCAAUAACAAUCCAUCAUUCCCUGUUUGUUUUUCACAGUCCUUUCCCCCUACUCUCUUUAAAAAACUUUAAAACGACCCUAACGCCCGGGAGCACAGGUUAACUAUGUAGGAACAAAAUGCUGUCUUCUGUAUCAUAGUAAAAAAAUCUUGAAAAGAGUUUGCUGGAUAUUUCGAUGCUUUUAAACCUUAAAUAAAGCAUUUUAACAGUUUCUCCGCGCCCCACCUCGAGCUCGACGUCAGACAGAAACGGCUCACUGUGAAUCCGGUCCUCUCCUUCUUCCUAUAUACCCUUGCUCAGCUCUUUCUCCCUCUCUUUCUCACCUCUACAGUCUGUACAGUAAAUCAGCUCGGCCUUUCGUUUGACCCCCGGAGCUGCUGGAGCAUGAUGCUGAUGUGCUGAACCUGCCGCUUUGCCUCUUCCCCUCCUCCUCCUCCUCUUCCUCUUUCCUUGAGUCAGGAACACUCUCGACUCUUUGUUCUUCUAUCCGCUUGCUUUUUUAUUUCCAGCGUUGGUUUGUUCCUACCCUGAAAACAUUCAGGCGCUUUGAUUUGAAAUGAGAGAUAAGUGGGUGAGUGGGUAGGUCAAUGGCUAACUCAAUGAAUUAGCCACUAAGUGCGUUAUUGAGCGAACCUAUGUAAAUGAGUUAGCGACUCAAUGAGGUAGCAUGUUAGUUUGUAGACGGGGCGGAGUUUUAGAGGGGGGGUUGCACAGAUGUUUAGAUGGAUUUCAACAACAUCCAGCUGAGAUGCAACAUUAGCGCGCAGCACAUCUGUUUCUAUGGGAGUUUGUGUUUGGGAUAAUCUGGGUCAGCCUCAAAUGCCUUCCAUAAAUACGCCUCGGACACACAUACAUGCUCAUCCAGCGAGCGGUUAUCCUGUUAGGGUUGAUUUAUUCCCAUCACAUUAAAGGAUGUUUUAUGAUGAGGACAGGCUUUUACUGUUGUCCGCGCGCACUCAAACCGACAAAAACACAUGCACACACGCAUCCUCUUUACAUUGAAACAUUGAAAUAAAUCAUAUUUCUUGUUGUGUGAUGAUGGAUUUUCAAUCUCUGUGUGAGCGCCUGCUCUCUUUGUUUUCAAACACCAUCCAUCACACGGCCAAAGGGAGUGACAGAUGUUUUCUGUGAUUGAAUUUGUGGGUUUUUGCCUGUCGUCAGACUUGUGUUUGUCUUAUUUCAAUCCUUUGGUCGGCCCGCCUGCAUUUGUGAUUAUUUAGCACUGCAGCAAAUCCUCUCCCUGACCCCAGAUUAGUCUGUUUUCUGUACAUUCAUCCGCCUGCUGCUUUGCUAAUUAGCUCAUGAGCGUGCAGGUUAAUGAGCAGCUACAUUUCAGGCUGCUGAUAGAUUAUUGUUUCAUCGGGCUUGAGCCGAUAACACCCAGUUCAUUCAGAGUGGCAUCAACACUCACUGUCUGUCUCCGUGCCACUAAAAUUCAGCUUCUCCUUCUUGCAACAAGCCUCUCUCUUUCCCCUCCCAGUCCGUCGAUAAAAGCCUGCUGGACUCUUCUACAGAUCAUUGCUCUCAUCUUUCUCCCUCUUUUAUUUCCUCUUUUCUUCCUCCAUCACCCCUGCCUCUCUUUCUUUUACUGCCUCCUUUGCCCACAAACUCUCUGCUUGUAUUUGCUCCCCUGUUCGCUCUUUGUAAAUCUCUCCCUGUCUCAAUCUGUCUCUCUUUCCCUCCCUCAUGUGUGAGCAGCCUCGGGGUGCUUCUAUAUUUCCUGGCCAGUGCAGUGGUAGAUUGGAAUGGAGGCCUUUGUCACUUUUAUUUACUGCCUCACUGAUUCCACAGCAGAGCGUACGUAUGUGUGUGUGUGAGUGUGUGUGUGUGUGUGUGGGAGCACGUGUGAAUGCGGAGUGAUUGCAGGUGUUUGAACUGCAAUGAGGUGUGUCUGGGAGUAUUGCCCCCUUAUUUCUUCAGACUCCUUCUAGCAGAACCGUGUUUGUAUCGUUCGUUAGCUGAAAGUAGCUUUAAUUCUCUGGUAGCAUGCUGGGGUUGUAAGCCCGCAGACUAGAACCAGUGGGUGUUGAUAGGAGGGUACAGACUGAAACCCCAGUUGUCUGAAAUCCUUCAACCCUAACACAGCCAAACUGCAGAUUGGUGUGUGUGAGUGUGUGUGUGUGACAGCAGUGGGAAAUCUCCUCCACGACCUGCCUGUCACAGAGCGACAGACUGAAGGAGACAAAUACAGAGUGAAAGCCCAGGAGCACACUCCUCCCAUAUGAUACAGCCAGCAUCCAGUCAGUCCUCCCCUUAUGUCUGUGUAUGUUUGUGUGUGUCUGUGUGUGUAUGUGUGUGUGUGUGUGUGUGUGUGGAUUACCAUGACGGAACAGAUUAGGAUUAUGGUGUGACCCAUUUCCUUUUCACAAAGAGUUGGCUACCGACUCUGGCAAUCUGUUCCUCCUGAGUGUGUUUGUGUGCAUUCAUGAGCUUCGUACAGAACCAUUGAUGUAGUCUUUGCAAGCAGGUGUAGAUGUGGCGGCUGUAAAUCCUUGUUUGGUCCAUAAAAACUCAUGAACUAGAGGAACUGGACUUCUAGUUCUUCUCUGUUUUUACAGUGACCUGUUAAGUAAAGUACAUAAAUAUCUGUUUCCGUCAUCAAAAGUUAGGAAAGGUUCCCAGAUAGCUACGUCAGGGUGUUUGGGCCUCAUAACAGAAAAGAAAAAAAGACAUUUAAAGAGAUAAGAUUCAUUAAUUCACAAGAAAAAAAGAGAAAUAGACGGCUAUUAGACGUCUAGUUUUUUUCUAGACCUAAUUUCAACCGUCUAGAUUCUGUAUAUUUGUAGACGGAAUUUAGACAUUGCACUUUAACCCGCUAUUCGAUAAGUAUUUAUUUCAAAAAGCAACUGUGAGUUUCAUAACUGAUCUCCAAGUACUAAACCAAAAUAAUUAUGAUAGCCAUUGAGCAAUAUACUGGUAGACCUCUGUUAGCUGGCUAGUCUAAACUCGGUCUAAAUUUAGACGUCUGAAAACUUUCAUUUUUAGACCUGUGGUAGCCUGAUUUUAGACCAGUCGUCUAGACUACAUUUAGACGUUUAUUAGACCUCUUUUAGACCAAAAAAUGCUCAGUGGGAAGUCAUUGAUUUAGUCAUUAAUUAGUGUUUUUUUGUCAGUGUAACUCAUACUUAAAGCUCCUGUAGGGAACUUUUAGUUUUUGUUAAUUUUGGUGCCCCCCUGUGGGCAAAGCACCCUGUGUUUAUACGCUUUUUUUAAAGUCCUUCUAACAAAAAUUUUACCCUGGCCUCACUGACAUCAACCCCAUUACAACAAUUUCGGUCAUUAGAAAUUACAGUAUCAGUAUCUGUAUACCAUCAAGAGGCUCCAAUAUGAGUUCCAGUCAGUUUAAAAAGUUUCGAAAACUUCUUACAGGAGCUUUAAGUUCAAUUUAACAACAUACUCCAUGUUUCUUAUUUGGGUACAGGCAGCUAGCUGUACCAUGAACCAAAACUACGACUUUAUCACUACUUUAACAACUUGAUUUGGUUAUAAUAUCCUGACUUUACUACAACUUUAAUUUCACAACAAUAUAACAUCAAUCUUGUAACAAUACAAGUCAAUAAAUAGAGAUUUUCUCUGUAGUUCCUCAGACUUGAACGAGGCUUGUGUAGAAAAAGAGAGCUGGUGGUCAUUAGAAACUAGGAUACGAGUUUGUUGGUGGUGUCUUGAUUUGAUGGACUGAUUACCUUGGCGUCUUGAUGUGGUCAACUUCAGCUGUUUCGGUUUCAUAGUGUGAAUGGAGAAACAUUAAAAAAAGCCUGUGAUGUGGACUGUGUAAUCACUUUUCUUGUCUCAAACCUGUUUCUGUGUGAAAGAAGCUUCGCUGCUUUUGAAGGGAAUAAAUGACUAAAAAAGUAUGAGAUCAAUCUUUAUAAAGUCUCCUUCAGUGUGUCAUUUUAAAGUAAAAUUUGGAUGACCUUGCAGCUCGGCCACUCUGUAAACACACACUGAGGAGGACAGAUGCCGAUGAAAUCCAGCUCUUACUGCUCCUCAUCCCCUCCCUCAUUUCUCAAUCUCUUUUCCCCCCUCCUCUCGUUUUACCUCCCUCCUUCCCCUCUUAUCUCGUCUCCUAAUUUCCGAAAAUCAGGACAGUAGUUGCUUAGUCCUUAUCUUUCACUCUCUCUUUAUUAAAGUGUGUGUGUGUGAGUGCAAAUGCCUUUGUGUGACUACAUUUAAGUGUCGUGCCCACUGUACCCAGGCCAGGAAAGACUGUUGCUAGGCUACGACAGGAAGUGUCCUGCAUAGUCAAUGUGUCCAAGGAGGGGUGUCUGUGUAAUCGACUCUGCAAGGGCAUGGAGGUGCGGGUACAGUCAAAAAACAAACAUGAAACCAACACAGAAGCUUUUGGUGUCAGGAUUUCCUGCAGGUUCUUUUGGGGCGGGUUGGUCCAGCCUUACUGAAGCUUCAAACGGGGGAAAAGAUGAAAAGAUGUUCCCCUCCACGGCCGCAAAUCCUCCACCUAUGUGUUUGUGAGCAUCUGUGAAACAUUCAUCUCUUCCUAGCAGCAGGAAAAUGCUAAAAGGGCAUUAUUACACACAUGCCUCCACGUACCUUCUGCACGUAAUGCUUUCCAGGCGUUUCACCUCCGCUUGGCAGGUAUGAUUAAUCAUUGUUAUUGUGUUGAUGAUAACCAGGGGGAGAGGUGUACUCUGUGUCAGUCUGACACGUCCCUCAUGGUUCAAAAGAAGGGGACAGAUGAGAUGAAAGAUGAGAUGGUAUUGGACAAAUUAAACUCUGUUUUGCAUCUCCGCAGAUAAACAGACAACAUGACGAGCUGUUAUCUAAAACCAGAGCUUGAUCGUCUGGCAGAGUGUUAUCAGACUUAAAAAUAGAUCUUGUUGUAACAAGAUAACAGUGUCUUUACAGCUGAGUUUGAGUUCUGUGAAAUAAAGACGGAAAUUUUUUAAAAAGAGAUUGAAUGAUUGAUUCAUUGUUAGUGUAUUUUGUUUUACACGCACGCAAGACUAAAAAACAAGUCUGAAGCACCUAAUCUUGUUUAGUGCUUCUUGAGAAAAUCAGAGUGACGUUAUUUCAGUUUGAUUGACAUGUUGGCAUGUUUUUUUGAAAGUUCAGUCAUAGAUGGAAAAACCCUAGUGAUUGAAAGUCUCUUAAAACCCUGUUAUGAGACAUUUUAACAUGGGUUCUAAUAGUGAUUCCUGUACUUUUAGAGCUCGGCCUCAAGUGGACACUCAGGGAACUGCAGUUUUUUUUGCACCUCUGCAUUUCCUGCUUGGUUGCUGUACAUUUCUUGUGAUCUAGGGACUUUGUGUUUGGCAUUACAUAGCAUUAGAUUUUCAGUGAAUUUUCUGUUUUCUUGCCUCCAAGCAACGUCCUCUGAAACAAUUAUCACCCCAGUUUCAUUCAAGGAUUCAUGGAAAUUCAAGGAACUGUCUGUGGUACGAAAAUUAGUACUCAGGUCUGUUUCCGAGCCAGAAAUAAAAAUACAAUGCAAUAAAUAAAAUACAAUAGCUAAGAUGCAAUACAAUAACAAAGAGCAAAAUGUAAACAAAAGAAAAUUUAAGUUGGCUGAAAUUAUCCCUGUUACACUAAAUUCAUCUAAAGAAUGAUUAUUGUUUCGUACUCCUGUUGUUCAUAACCAUGUUGUUUUCCUCUGAAUGAAUAUAAGAACAUACUCUCAUAAAUGAUCCUCCUUUCUAAUUCGCUGCCUUUAGAAAAAGACCUUCUCUCCAUUUUGAACCGCAGUCCAUUCAGCGGUUUAAGAGCCACUGACCCGUGGGGAUGAGAACUAGAAAUGAGUCUUCGAUGAUGCGGCCGCCUGAAGGCUGAUUGGAGAUCCAGUUUGGUAUCAGUUUGCUGCCUCCACCACAACACACCCAUCCGAGCGGAACAAACAUAGUCAAUUUGGUGUGUUAUCGCUCACACACACCUUUGCUGGCGGCGUCAUGUGAGUGACAGAUGUUGAGCCGUGGUUUUUUGGUCAAUAUAGCUGCAAAGACGGCGGAUGAGACACAUAACACACAUCUGAUUCAUUUUGAUGACAGGAAGUACUAGAUGGAAGCAGUUGUCUGAACAUGUACUGAGUGUAUGUUUUGUUUUCACUCAGGCCCUUGUCAGUGCGUUGCAGUUUGCAGGAGCUUGAUGCAUUAGCAGAGGCAAAGUGAAAGGGGGUUGCAGAGGUCCUCGGUUUGUGUCAUAUUUGCUUGUCGGGUCAAAGCUGAACGCUGUUUUCGCCGGCAUUAGCGUUCAGCUCAGUCAUGUUCAUCCAGGACCGGCGUUUCACAGGCUGCCGGUCUGAGCUACAGAGCAUGAGAGAGGAAGGAGACAGAAAAUACAAGGGACAGAGGAAAGUAAGCGAGACAUCCAAGAGGGAGGAAGGAAGGGAAGAAUAAUGAGAGGCAUAUAAAGAGGAGAUUGUGAGAAGUUAAGAGGGUUAGAUAAUGAGAGAGAGAGAGAGAAUCAGAGGGAUAAGGGAGAGAGACGAGGAGUGAGAAGGAGAAAAUGUAGAUCUAGGUCAGAGAGGCAAAGCAGUCAACAAACAAGCAGAGAAAGGGAUGAACAGGCCUGUGUGCUACGAAGCUCCUUUUUUCUGAAUGGGGCAGCCCGAGGGAUGAAAGGAAGAUGACAAAAUAUCAAAGGGGAAUCUGUUUCUAAUCAAUGUUUUCAGUCUGAUGAAGAGAAAAGUGAAAUAUUUGAGGGGAAACACGCUCACAUGCUGUCUUGCAAAAAUGUUUGACAGUAAGUUUUAAAUAACUCUGAAGGUGCAGUCUUGAAUCUGGAGCUGCACACCUGAACUUUGGCAAUAGUUUUCUAACAGAGACACAAAAAAAGCAUUUUAUUUUAGCCAGAAAAAAAUCACUUAUAAUGAGCAAACUAAUUGAUCGUUCCUUUAAUUUGUCCGUACCAGUUGUUGUGAUAGCGCCAGUGUUGUCUCCUUAACUGCUAAAGCGCUAUUUCAUUCGACAUUCAUACAACCAAGAUCCACCCUUGUCUUAUCUUUAAAUUUGCAAAUAAAUGAACAGGCCGUGGACAAAGAAAAAGCGAGAGAUGAAGAUGAAUAGACAGCGCUAAUUCCUUUCUGUUGCACCUUUCACACUUGGUCAUUUAAUAAGGCGUGAUGACAUUCCUGCUCAGGGAAGAGAGGAGAGAUGAAGGUUGUCAGGUGGCUCAGAGUAAUGAAUCUUUAUCCAGCGCUGAUAAUGUCCACGUCCAAUAUCUUUUUGACACUCUCUCUCUCUCUCUCUGUGACUCCCUCAAUCUCGCUCAUCCUCUCUUUUUAUCCCUCUGUGUGCACAUGUGUGAGUGUUUGCAAGAGUUCCUCUGUCUGUGAGAGAGAAGCUGAAAAAGGAAAUCUUUUUGUACUUCAUAUGUGUGUGUGUGUGUGUGUGUGUGUGUGUGUGUGUGUGUGUGUGUGUGUGUGUGUCUGUGUGCGAUUCUGGUUUGUAAGUGGCUGUAAUUCCUUUGUUGGUCUCCAACAAAGCAAGUCCUUGUGCUUGUGGAAUUGGGGCAGUCUGAUCCUAAUGAGAAAUCCUUGUUCAAUCUUUCCAGCUCUUUCACUUUCACAGAAUCUGGACUUUGUGUGUGUGUGUGUGUCUGUGUGAGAGAGAGAGAGAGAGGGAGAGAGAAAGAGAGAGGGAAAAAGCCUUGAUCAGGGUGUUUUGCCCUGGGCGGAUGCUUAGUUUGCUGGAUUCAAACACAAUGAGUUAUCAUACUGAAAACCUUACAUGUCUUUUUCAAGGACUUCAGCUCAGGUUAACAUGAUACCAACUAUGAAAACAUGCUAAUUUUGUUGCAUUUGUGCAUAAAAUGAUAGCAAAUGAACCAAACCUAUUAUUAAAUCAGUCUUAAUUUUGAUAUUCCUGAGAUCUACAUUCUAAAACCAUCAAUUUUUGACCCUGUUAUUAUAGACUUAAGGCUAAAAGUAAUGUUCAUUAUUUGAACACAGAGCAGCUGUGAGAAGGAAAUGGAAAGCUAUUGAGCUUCCUUCAUCUUAUUGCCGUUAAGAAGUGUAUAUACCGAAUAACUUCCUACUUAGAAGCUAUUCAUCAAGUGUAAUGAGUUUUAGUGGGCCUGUGAGAACAAUUGAUCUUUUGAAACUACAUAAAACAGGGAUGUGAAGAGCUGAUGAUGAGUAAUGACCACUGGCUGUAAGCAGAGUCUGUCCUUUCACAGAAAACUCAUGAAACGGCUAACUUUAGCAGCGUUAUACCUCCUAUGAUGUUGUUGUAGCAUAGCCUCUGUUUUGGCGUUAGCGCCCAUUAUCAGAACAGCCCUUCGAUUGAAAGCCCCCCAGGAGGCGCUUCAAAGCCGGACCAUUAAUGCCAUCUGGUUUACGAGAAUCCCACCAGGAAACAGUCCUGUCCUUGUUUUUAUUUUGAGUCGGUGUGUGUCUGUGGCUGUUUCUGUUUGUUUCUUUGGUGUUGCUGCUGCUGCUGCUAAGCUGCUCCGCUCAAAAUGUGACAUGCUAAUCAGUGAAGUCCAGACAGGUGGAAGCAAUAGCCAUCAGUGGUUUGAGCAUCUCUUGCCCCGUUAGCGCCAUUAGCUAAUCACAAACACAGAUGCUCUGAUGAAAAAGAAAACACUUGGGCGUCCAUUCGCCCCCCCAGCGUCCAAUCUCUCACUUCUUUGCCUCCUCGCUCCCUCGGGCAGCUUCUUAGCCCCAAUAUUACACAAAGCUGCCAAGUCUGAGCCGGCCUCUUUUGUUCCUGCUUUGUCUUGUAUAUCCUCGUCUGUCAACAGUGUUUUUAUCCAUAUUUAUGUUUGAGUGAUGCUGGAGAGAACAAAAUCAUAGUAGCCAGUGUGUAGGAGGAAGACCAUCGGAUCCACUUACCCACUGAGGAAUAGACGGCUAUUAGACGUCUAGUUUUUUUUUAGACCUAAAUUUAACCAUCUAGCUUCUGUGUAUUUUUAGACAAAAUUUAGACGUUGUACUUUGACUCAUUAUUGGAUAACUAUUUAUUUAAAAAAAAUAAUUACGAUAUCCGUUGAGCAGUAUACAGUGUAGUAAAGAUGUAGCCCAGAUUUAGAUUAAGUCUAAACUUGGUCUAAAUUUAGAUGUCUAAAAAACUUUCAUUUUUAGACCUGUGGUAGCCUGAUUUUAGACCAGUCGUCUAGGCCACAUUAAGACGUCUGUUAGACCUCUUUUCGACAAAAAAAUGCUCAGUAGGUAGGGUUUUGACUGCUGCUGUCGACUUUUUUUUCUUUUCUUUUUUUUUUGAUAUCUUUAUUGACUUUCAUUUGACAUUAUACAUACAAUUUUUGUAAUGAAAUUCUGUGUUACAAAAGUCAUUCUUUUUCCACCCAACCCUCGAGAAAAAAACAAAAACACGAACACUAAUUGCCCUCUAAAAAUGAAAUAAUACACUUAACUAGUGAUGCACGAUAUGAAAAAUUUCAACCGAUACCGAUAACCGAUAAUUUUCUUCUUCUCAUGGCCGAUACCGAUACCGAUAACCGAUAAAUUCAUAUUUUUACAUUUAUUAUAAUCUUCAUAUAAUCUGCAGUUUGUGCACGAUGCAGUGAUUGAAAGCUGAUAUUUUUGUUGCUCUGGCCCAUCUAGAACUAAAGUUUUUGGCUCUUCAAAUGUUUAUUUUUUCCAUGUCAUCACAAAAAUAUGUGGUCAUUAGCUAUAAAUAACAAUAACAGAGCAAAAAGCAGAACUUCAUUUGACCAAAACAGUGCAUCCCCUGAACUAUUCAACAGUACUGUAAACUGUAAAGGAGCUAUUAUGAGACGUUAGGAUUCGCAUGCUGACCGGACUAACAUCUGACGUCCAUAUGUCUGUGGUAAAACUCACGUGCAGUCCGUUCUUGUCGAUCAGGUUGUGAAUGUAUGUGGCGACAAUAUCAUACAGUGCAGGAAGGGACACAACCGAGAAGAAGCGGCAGCUUGGGAGAGUGUAACGUGGCUCCAAGUGUGCUAUGAACUUAAGAAAACCCGGGUUCUCAACGACGGAAAAAGGCUGGUCGUCGACCGCUAUGAAUUCCAUCACUUUGUCGUUAAUGGCUUUAGCCUUUUCGCUGUCUCUUGAGAAGCUUUUGCAGUUUUCAAACAGCUGCUGAAUGGGGACAUCGAUCCUCCAUAGUGUUGUUGUCUUAGCUUUAGUACCGCUAGCAGCUUCGGCGGCUGUCUCAUAGUCCUUUAAUACUGCUCCGCCGUGAUGGCGACUUUUCAGAUGAGCUAUCAGAUUCGUUGUGUUAAAACUUGACGUCUUCAUUCCGCCUCUCGGAAUCCCCGCUGAACAGGUGUUGCAUAUAGCAGCUGUUGUCAUCUUCUGCCACUGAGAAAAACGACCAUGCUGGUGAAGACAUUUUAUUAUCAGUCAGGUAGUGACAGGGGUCAGGCUUGGGACCUGCGGGUAAGGUGCGACGGGCGGCUACUCCGCCUGCAAACGUUACUCGUAAUUUCAUUAAUAUAUCGGAUCUUUCUAUCGGAAAAAUGCACCUAUCGGACCGAUAAAAAAUGACAUAAUUUUCCCCCAAAUCGGCCGAUAUUCUAUCGGUCCGAUAAAUAUCGUGCAUCCCUACACAUAACAUAGCAAAGUACUUUUACAAUCAAUAAAAAUCAACAAUUCCUUGUUUGGGAUAAGUUGCGAAGAUGGCACAUACAUUUUCAGUAUUAUUUAGUUAGCUCCUUUUUGUUUUCGUAGAAGCCCUUCUAUAUCUCCAUUCUUGAUAUAGCUAUUAAAUGGUUUCCAGAUUUCCUCAUCAAGCGCCAGUUUGUUUUUCAGGGUAUAUUGCUGUCAAUUUCUUAAAACCAAGUGUUGCCCGAAACUAAUCAUAGCUAAAACCACUAACUCACAACUACCAUUAAAUUUGCAUUGAACAGGCAGAAACCUUGUGCAGAACUGGACACAUGUAAGACAGUCAUCUGCUGCUGCUGCAUUUGGUUUAGAGAGGAGAUAGAGGGCGAUACAGAAGUGAGACUGAUGCAUGUGGUUGAAGCAGGCGGGUCCACAGUGAUCCAAAUGGCAUGACUCAGUAUUAACAUAGCCCCUCAAUCCCUUUACGGCCCUCUCGGAUUCUCGAACUCUAAGGUGAGUUAGCCGUGAAUGAUAUCCCGCGGUAAAGUCAUCAGGCGUGUUAGGGCUCUGAUGUAGACUCCAUAAAGCCUAAUCACACGCUCUCCAUGAGUCAGCCUUUUUUUGUAGACUAAACCAGAGUUUAUUGUGGUCUUGGGGACAAAAAGGAUGUGAUUAUACAGCCUUCUUAACUUUUUAUUGAAAUAUUAAAGAUAGUGUUCAGUAAAGUUUGAAAACAAGCUUCAGGGUGGAUUUAAAAACCACUUUGUCAUGUUCACCACUCUUUUUUUUUUUAAUGCUGAAAAGUGAAAGACGUCAAACUUUCACACGUGCUUCAUCUACUUUCGUGCAGACUGUUCGUCACUGACUGUCCCUUUCCUCUUCUCCUCCUCUCACCAGGGUCGCCAUGUUAAGACCGGGCAGCUGGCAGCCAUCAAGGUCAUGGAUGUCACCGGGGUAAGACACACACACAAACACAUACAUGCCCUUUCACACUCGUGCGCAUACCCACGCACGUCAAAUCAUCUCGAGUGAUUAUACCACCGCCGACCGUGUCAUCUAAUUAUGAGCGAUGAGUCAGAGCCCGCUUUUGCGUGCGCGUGGAGAGGAAAUGAGGACAGGCCUAUCGCCAUGGUAAUAUUAGCUAGAGGUAUUAGGACAGCAGUGUGGUCUCAGGCGUGUCUGUAAAGCAGGAGGGAAUCUCAGCUAUAUUUAGAGAUCCUCUCACCGAACGCCUCGCUGUUCGCGCUCAGCUGCCAGCAAAACAAUGGAGAGCUGCGGGGAUGAAGUAACAAAGGAACUAAUGAAUGAAGGAGCCAAGGAGCUGAAUGAAUAAAGUAGCACAGGUGUAUGCGGAGGGAUGAGGAAAAAGUCAGAGUAACGGGGUACAGUACAGUAUGAAUGACCGUGCUAAUACAAUCGAGAUUAGACAGCGAUAAUUGAUGAUUGAAAAACCAAAUGAAGGGCAAAAUUGCUGGCUAAAUGAGCCGCUACUGUACAAAAUAGGCUCGCUUAAAGAAGUGUUUUUGUUUCCAUGGCUGAUGAACGCCACAUUAAAGCAAUUAAAGCAUAAUUCUCUGACAUUGUGUAUAAUUAAUAUGAAAAUUGCAGUUAUAAGUAACCAAACUGCUGCCAUUACGACUCAUUUCAAACACUGGCUUUUGGCUGUGUGUCAGUCACCCCCCUCUGCAAAUGAGAGUAAUUAAAAAGUAAUGCUGUUAUUGUGGGUUAUUUAGAGCCCAGCUGUUUGCAUUGUACCCCCACUUAGCUCAUUAUAAAUGGAUUCAGAACGUAAAUCCAUCCGCUUUAUCCCCGCCGCACCACCGCCGUCCUAUAAAGGCGUUUAUAGGGUCACAAUCAGAGCUCAUUUGUGGUGUUGCCUCUUCUUCUUUCAUACUUGCAGGAUGAGGAAGAAGAGAUCAAAGCUGAAAUCAACAUGCUGAAGAAGUACAGCCACCACCGCAACAUCGCCACCUACUACGGAGCGUUCGUGAAGAAAAACCCUCCCGGCAUCGACGACCAGCUCUGGGUACGGCAUCAUUUUUCCUGUGUGCAUGCGUGUGUCUUUGUCAGCACUUUUGCAGCUUGUGUGUAUGAAAUGGAGUGUGACACGAAGAGAAAAUAGCAGCAGAAAAGCGGCGCUCCAUUUUUCACUGUUAUAGUUGUGUGAAAGCAGCGAGUGUGUAGUUACAUUGAGGCCUGUGUGCAUUGGAAUGUAUAUUUAACAUGAGUUUGUGAGAAAUAUAGAGUGUAAGAAUGAGCCCGUGCUGCUAUAAAUCAUGUGUUAACUUGAUCUAAGGGAGCUCUCUGCUCACUGAUCUGCUCGCAUCCAUCACACAAACACACAAACAUAUGCGUUCACAAAGCAGCCAGAUAUAAUGCAUGCAUAAUUCCCCUUGUUUUGUACUUAUAGUGUGUUAAUGCGUGAGUUUGCAUGCUUUGUCCUGCUUCCCCUGAUGCCCAUGUGUUUGUCAUCCAUCCUCGCGUGUCCGAGUGCGUGUGCACAGCCGGGAUCAGAGAGGGUUUCGGGUAUUACUCGCCAGCGUCCUCUCUCUUCCUGUAAUCCAGAGCAACGAUGAGGAGAGCUUGAAGCAGAGCCAGAAACUGACCGGCUGAACUUUCGCCUGCAUAUCUCUGCGGAUGUAAUGCCGGGGAUGGAUGAAAUGAGGGUCAGAGAGGAGAGGAGAGGAGAGGAGAGGAGGGAUGGAGGCAUGAGGCGGCUCAGGAUGGAGAGAGGAGAGAGAUGGACAGAAUGGACACUUUGUGUUUGGGUCAAGAGGCUGAUUUGAUUCAUUUGUGUGAUCCCGUGACCUCAUUGAGUCAGUUUGUGAUUAAGAUUGUCGCGUCUGUGUGUUUGUUGGAGGUCACAGAGGAAUAGUCUACAGCACAUACAUCUCUUUAUACGUAUUCCUAAUGUGUACUUCUGCAAUAACAAUAUUUUCUCAAAUAAAUUAAAGAAAGUACAUUUCCAAAAUUAAAUUGUACUAUUUUGUCCUGUCCUCCACACCAUACAUAGCUCUGCAGUUUCUUGUUUCUUGCUGCAACUGGGAAGCACAAAAAGGACACAACUAAGCAUCUGAUUGGCACAUCUUACUCUUGUGGAUAGUUCAGUUCACAAAUCAAAAGAAACAUGCACUUUGCCCUGAACAGAAUUAAAAUAUAACUGGAGUCUAAACUACCACCCUUAAGCAAAGCAUGCAGGUGCAGACUGACGUCAGCCGGCAUCAUAGAAGUAAGCAGAGUUUUGAAAUGACAACAGACUUGAGGACAAAUCAUUUUAGAGCUGCUUAUCUUUAACUCCUGUUUUAAGACCAGACUGCUGUAGUGGUGCAGCAUUUAUAUGAAUAAUAAAUGUAAUUGUCAAGAUCAUAAAAUGCACUUUAUUGCAUUCAUUUGACUCGAAAAUACCGGUAAGAGUUGCCUGAUGUGGUCAAUAUGGACUCAAAAUAUGUUUAAAUGCAAAAUAAUAGAGUGAUAUUUGUGUAAUCGCAAUAAUAAUAACCAUGAUUUUAAAUUGUAAGCACUAAAUAAUAAAAAUUCAAGUAUCCUGUACUUUUAAACAGUCUAGAUUCUUUAUAUCUACACAAGAAGCUGGUCUUCUUCCACAGAGGGCGCCAUCUUGCGCCGCCAUAUUUCUACUGUUACAGAUACAUGCUGGUGUCAUAUGUCCGUGUAUUGAUAUGGAUGAUGAAUAAGUUUAAAUCAAUCAGCAUGAUAAAAAACAAAAAUAAUAUCAGGAAGCAUGUUGAAUAAAAGCUUGAAAUGUUUUGGCCUUUCCUUUAGGCGGCUGCUAUGUCAUCCAUCUUGUCAUAAAAACCUCGCGCAGACUUCUCUAUAAUGAUCUUUUUUGAUGUUUGUAGCUGGUGAUGGAGUUCUGCGGAGCCGGCUCAGUCACAGACCUGAUCAAGAACACCAAGGGCAACUCUCUGAAAGAGGAGUGGACCGCUUACAUCUGCAGAGAGAUUCUCAGGGUGAGUCGGAUUUUUUGACCCUCAUGUCUACAAUCUUUCCCUUUCUUGCACAAGGAAGGACUAUUGUGUGUAAAUGCAGAAGGAGAUCCUUGACAGGGAUUGUCUUCUGUGACUGCAUGAAUAAUAUUGCCUGUGCUGCGUGGGGAUUUGCACUUGAUGUUAACAAGAGGAGUCCCACUUCAAGCAAAAGGCUGCCUGAGGACAAUCGCACAUGAUUUAUGGAAAAAUUUUCACUGCAGCGUUGAACAUUUUGGCAUUUCUGCAGCAAGAUAUUGUCCGUUUCUGCCAGACUUCUGAUUAAAAGUGAGGUCCUCGACAAACAAAGCCACCCAGCAUCUAAGUUCCUCUCUGUUUUGUUUCCCAAUAACUGAAAAUCUCUUUAGUUUUACGCCUUUUCCCCAAAUGACUUUCCUGUCUUUACAGGUAUAACAUGGUUCAACCCAACAGGCUGAGCAUUUGUUACAACAAAAACAACAAACCCACACUAUUUUACGAUCAGGCAUAAUUCUCUUCAUUACAGCAUCGACAACAAGCGGGGAUUAAAUGAGAAAACCUGCGCCUCAGGGUAAACAAAUGCAGUAACUCUCAGCUCAGGACAAAGUUCGCUCUCAGAGCAAUGGAAAAUUGAGUUUCUGUCAGCUAUGAAAUAAUGAGUUAAUCCAUUUGUAAUUUUGCGCGGUGUUUAAAUUGCCCACUGUGCACUGUAAGCUAACAGCUUUAUUAUAGUGAAUCACAAGAUCUGGCAAAGCCUGUUUGUAUGAAAAUGAGUGAAAGCUUCAGAUGACAGCAGCGAGAAAGCAGCGUGAAACAAAUGAGGUUUCCCUGUCGUCUGAAUUAAAAGGGAUCAAUCCAUCAAAUCUGACUUUUCUUUCCAUUUACAGUGAGGUGGAUCACUCUCUGUCCGUAUAUGUCGAGCAAAUUAAAACCAAUUUAUCUAAAGCUCCUGUGUGGAAUUUUCGGUUUGUAUCGACUUUGGCGCCCUCUUUGUGCAGAGCAGUCCUGUCCUCUGCUGAGAAAAAUCUCAGUCUGCUGACUUCUGAUGAUAAAAAACAUAAAUUUAUGAGAAUAUUUUAUAUGAAAAUUGUAAAAAACUCAGCUGAUCCCCACCUCCCUGCACAGGUUUGAGGCAUAAAUACACUAGACUGAAAUUAUAACACGUCACUGAUGGUCUUGCCCGCUUUGAGAUAUCAUAAAAAGGCAUCAAAAUGUGUUUAAGUCUGUUUGAUAGAUGAUGAUAAACUGCUCAAAACUGCUGUAAACCAACUCAUCUGACAUUACAGUAAAGAAGCUGCUCAUCUUCUAAUUUAUAGGUUAUGAAAAGGCGUCUCUGUAAAUUCAAUCUGUUACAUAACCAGUCAGAAACUCCUCACAGGAGCUUUAACUCUGAUUUACUGUCAUAUUUCAUAACUCCUCUCAGCGAUCGUCAUUUUUCCAGAUUUGGCACGGACUCUUUUGUUUGAUAAGCAUCACCAAGUUGUUUGCGCUCCAUCAGACGUGAGUUUCCAGAGAAUUGAAUCUUCUUGAGAACAGCUUAUCUCCACUAUCUCUUGUUUUGUGUGGGGGUUUUUUUCUCCUUGUACUGAGGGCCAAAACCUCAAACAGUGAGCAGUAAUAUCACUGCAUCUUGUCAGUACCUGCAUUGCUGCUCUAAACAGAAAAAGAAAUACUUUCUUUCAUCCACCUUUAUUUCGUUUUUCACCCCUCUCUGUCGACUUAUUGCUUUUCGCUUUCUCUCCCUGCUCUGAUUUAGUCGUCUGUUGAUUCUCUCUAUGAGCUUCAAUCUUAGUACUUUCUUUCUCUCCCUCUUUCUCUUGUCUAUACUAACAGUUUUCUUUGUUUUACUUCAUGUAGCUUCCUUGAAAAAGAAACUAAACUUUAAAGCUCCUGUGUGGUGGUUAUGAAACCGACUUAAAAUAUGAGCGUGGCCUGUCUGUGACCUAUAAAAGCGCAGAUACCAUCAAUAAGAAACUACUUCUGAAUGUCUGAAACCACAGGCAGGGGUAGGUGUCAGAUAGAGUUAUCAACUACAAACUGCCUGUUACAGCCUGUUACAUAAGUUCAACUGCAUGUUUUUCUUGAUGAGUGUGAAACUUCAGACCGUUUGAAGAGAGCAGGGUGAAGAUUUUUGACUAUAAACACCUAAACACACACACAAAACAAAGUCAGAUAGACAGUUUCGUCCUAAAAAAGGCCUCAAAAUCCACACAAACACAAAUAUUCCUUUUACCUAGCUCUUGAUUGGUAUUUUAUAUUUUAUAUUUGUUUUUUAUCUACCUAGGCAUUUUAUAUUUGUUUUUAUUUAUGGUGUAUUUGUACCUCAAUUUUACUUUGCUGUAUUUUAAUCUUGUAUUCUGUGUUUUCGAUCAUAUUGUUUACUGUCUGUUUUAUGUAUUUCGCUGUGUCUUAUUGACCUGUACAGCACUUUGGUCAGCUUCGGUUGUUUUUAAAGUGCUCUAUAAAUGAAGUUUGAGUUGAGUUGAGUUGAAGAACGGACAUUUUAAGAAAGUACUUCAAUCGAUUAAUCAUAUAAAUUAAUGAUUAAUCUCGAUUUGAUAAUUUUUUUAUGCCAAUGGCAGAAAAUACACCAAAAACUGUGGUUCAGGACUGCACACUAUAUGCUCACUCACACUUCCUACCCGCCCCGCUACCGUAAUGACUAGUGCUGGGCGAUAGGACGAUAGAUAUCGUGGGCACGAUAGAAAAUGUCUAUCGUGCCAUUUUAAUUUUUAUCGUUUCGGGCGAUAGGCUGUAUUUAAUCCAUACGGCUUGUGCCAUCAGAUGAUUCAUAGUAACAACAACAAUAAUUGCACAUUCUGUAAGUGUAUUUGGUGUCGAACGGGAAAGAAAACAAUAUUUUCUUACAAAGAAAAGGAUGCGUUGACAUGUAGGCUUGCAUUUCUCUUUCGAUUUUGCGACAUGAAGCCGUUUUACGUGCCCUCUUUGUGUCCAGCGUCUCCCGCCGUUGCGGGUUACCUGAGUUACACACGUGAGGGGAUCAUUGUAAGCAGUUCUUAAUUUGUGCCGGAGCGAGUCGGAGCGCGAUCCGGGACCUCUUUUGAUCGGAUCCGGAACCUAUUUCAGCCGUUCCGGCACCUGUUUCAUUUGCUCCGGGACCUUCCCUGUAGAGGAUGACAUUUUUCGGAAAUUCCCGUGGGUCACGUGAUUCCCGCGGGAAUCCCACGGGAUGGGAGUCAUUUUUUUAAUUAAUCCCUUGAUCGGGACGGGACGGGAAAAAAGCAACGGGAGUGGGCAGGAGCGGGAACAACAUUAAAAGAUGAUCAUUUUCAGCCGUGUUUAACAACCAGAUGAACAGGUGCGUCCAUUUUUGUAGUCAUCUCUCAGUGAGAGCCAACACUCUUGACCGCGCUAGCAACACAAAAAAACUACAACAGUGGUUUGACUUCCUGUCAGCUGGGAGCGCGGCUGCGCAUUUCUACCCUUCAAGCCAGCAGCGAGGAAACGUAAUUUUGUGACAUUCUGUUGUUUUUCAAUCAUUUCUGGAGUCGUGGCGAAUCAAAUCACCUUACCUGUCUGCUCCUGAUAGGCGAAUAAAGCGCUCGGAUUCAUGCUCGGGUCUUGCUACGUGCUUCAAGAGUAAAGUAAACAAUGAUGGAGGCAGAGAGCAGCUUUGUAGGAGAAACAUCUAGCAGUGUGAACAACCUCUUCAAAAGAGCCCUAAAGACCUAACCAAAGCUUUUGGUUAGUUUUCCUCUAUGCUUUAUGCUUUUACUACCUUGCCUCUUACAUUGCAACUCUAUAUUUUUUAUUGUUUUUAAUUCUUUUUUUAUGCCAAUCUGUGACUGUCAUUCUAUUGCUUUUUUUAUUGUUGCUGCUCUUUUUUUACUGUGUACUGUAGCACUUUGAGAUUUUUUGUAAAUGUAAAGUGCAUUACAAAUUAAAUUUAUUAUAAUUAUUAUUAUUAUUAUUAUUAUGGAGUGCUUUGGCUCACACUAUCUGCGUUUUCUGUGAGUGUUGCAUAACUUUGGGUGAGAACAGACAUGAACACACUUCAGCCACGUAUUUAUUCAUUUUUCUAGUUUCAAGUGCUGGUCUUGUACUGGAACUGUAAUAGUGCAGCUGUAUACACUUAGCAUACCAUAGCUAUAUCGUGAUAUAUAUCGUUAUCAUGAUAUAAAAUGAUCCAUAUCGUGAUAUACAUUUUUUUCCAUAUCGCCCAGCACUAGUAAUAACUGUUGUUUUUUUCUCAGUCAUGAAACGCUUAAACAGGGGACAUUUCCAGGGACAACUUUAGCCUUGGAUAGGUCAUCCAAAACGGGGACUGUCCCCUGAAAUCAGGGAUGGUUUGGCACCCUACAGUUCCUCCUUGCCAGCAAAGAGUUAUUGGUAGUUUGAGACUGAGAGCGCUCAGAGGAUUCAUUAACCUCAGUCGGGUUCAGUGUUGCCAACUCCUCCGUGAGGAAAGUCGCUAGUGGCUGUCAUAGAAGUCGCGAGACGAUGUCAUCGCCUAUUUGCAUAAUCUUUCAGUGUAAAAAUAGAAAUGAAAAUAGACUUCUGCUGAUGUGUUUUGGCUGAAACAACCUCGGCUUCAUUUACUGCUGUGUGAGCUAAAAUAACUUCCUGAUUUAUGAUGAGUUUGAUUUAAGUUGAUUGUUUUGUCAUGCAUGAAUAAAAAAACAGCCUAAUUAAUAAAGAGAGACAAUAAAUCAAAGUCCACACCGUUAAAAGAAACACUUCUUUUUUGCUUAAGCACCAAAAUCAGCCGACUUUUUUUGGCAUUGUAUGUUUUCAUUUUUGAGGAAGGUCUUUUUUUAGCAGCCAUGGGGACCUUAGCUCUUCCUCUCAUAGUAAUGGUUAUAAUAGUUUACUCAAUACUGUGUUGUUUGCCUUCAUCGUCUGCUCGUGUCUGUGUCUGCAGGGUCUGACUCAUCUCCACCAGCACAAAGUCAUCCACAGAGACAUCAAGGGACAAAACGUCCUGCUGACGGAGAACGCAGAGGUCAAACUAGGUCGGUCUGAUAUCUAACCUCGACUUGACAAAACAGCUGUAGGACUAGGAAGGCAGGAGGAGUGUAAGGUUUCAGAUGGCUCAACUGAGGUGUGUUUGCGUUAGUGUGUGUUUGUGUGUGUGUGAGGCUUUUCUUUCUUCUUUUAUGCUGAAUACUAGCCGACUCAUCUCUGACGCUCUGCUGCUGCUCACGCUGCAGACUGCUGAAGAAGGAACUCUCUCUCUCUCUCUCUCUCUCUCUUUCUCUCUUGCUCGCUCUACCGCUAAAGCCCAGUGAGGAGGGGAUUAUAAACUCUGUGUGUGUGUGUUUGUUUGGUAAUCAGGCCAGAUAUUGCAGGUUGGGUAUUUUUCCCAUUUAGAGUCCAUUAUAAAAUCCAGUGAAGCUUACAAAGCACACAGCGAAAAAUACGAUUCAAGUAAAAUGCCGACUAAAUCCUGAAUUACUGUUGCGCUUGUGUGUGUGUGUGUGUGUUUGUAUGUGUAUUCUCCCCACACAGUGGACUUUGGUGUUUCAGCCCAGUUGGACAAAACAGUAAGCAGGAGGAACACGUUUAUCGGGACGCCAUACUGGAUGGCGCCGGAGGUUAUCGCCUGUGACGAGAACCCCGACGCCACCUACGACUUCAAGGUGCUUCACCAACCUCCAGUUCAACAGGAGUGUGUCUGUUGUGUGUUUUUUUGGAGUGUUGAUACACUUUGUGUCUGUCAUUACAGAGUGAUUUAUGGUCACUGGGAAUCACAGCGAUAGAGAUGGCGGAAGGAGCCCCGCGUAUGUACCUCUCCAGUAUCUGUUUGCAAAAUUAAACUUGUUCAAUAAGGAAGCGGUUGAGCAAAAACUGCAAAUCUCUGAGUGGGAUAAUGAUACAAGAUCCAAGGAUACAAGGUCGGAGUAGAUUAAGUUGCAUAAAGUGAUGAAUUGUUAUUAGUAUUGACAACUUUAUUGAUUCAGUGGGGGUUAAUUCAAACAAGCUUCGACUUCACGUCUUGAUUAUGUUGAGCAUAAUAAGCCACAUUCACCCUGUUUUCUUCUUGGCUCUUCAGCUCUCUGCGACAUGCACCCAAUGAGAGCGCUCUUCCUCAUCCCGCGUAACCCAGCCCCCAGACUCAAGUCAAAGAAAUGGUGAGUCUGUUCCUUUAAUUUAGCUUUGCGUUUGUUGUUGCAGGUCCUAGUAAGCGUAUUUGUUACACGCAGCAGUUUAAUCGCGUAUUCGUGUUUGCUUUCAGGUCCAAGAAGUUCCAGUCGUUCAUAGAGAACUGUCUGGUGAAGAGCCACGACAAGAGACCAAGCACAGAGCAGCUCCUCAAACACCCCUUUAUCAGGGACCUGCCCAACGAGAGGCAGGUCCGCAUCCAGCUGAAGGACCAUAUCGACCGCACCAAGAAGAAGAGGGGAGAGAGAGGUGAGGACGGAAUGAUGCAAUACUCUUACCCCAAAAUUUCCACCGCAUCCGGAACGGCAGCGAUUUUCGCCGUCUGCCCAUUCCCACCGGAUCCAUUUGUGAGGUGAAUUUCGUGACGGAUUACGGACAGCGGGAAUCGCGAGAACUCACAAGAACCCGCGGAUUCACGUGCAGUCGCGUGAUAACAAGUUGUCUCUAUCAAGAAAGCCACAUAACCAUCUAAGCAGUAGAUUGAGUCCUUCCAGAGGAGGAAAUCAACUUUGAGACUUCUAGAAUCUGCAUCUCCUCAUCCGUGGUGUCAUCGGGGUGAAAUGCUGUCUAAAAACCUGUCACUUGUUCAUCCCUGCCCAUGUUUGCAUCAGUGUUGUUUUCGUUGACGAUGAUGAUGAAAAUAUUUCGUCAACGCCCCUUUUUUUCCACGAUGAAGAUGUGACAUUGACGAGCUAAACAUAAGUCUUAGAUGACUAAAAUGUGAGGAGACGAAUGUGCGUUUACGUUGACAAGACAAGACUAGACGCAAACGUUAUUGGUGGACGACAAACAGAGUUGCGAAAUUCAUGAGCAUUUUGUCAGUCAAUCGCUAAACAUAUAGGAGCAGCUUCAGUCCGCUCUGACAGCUGUCAUCAGCCCACUGUGCACAAAAACAACACUUGUUUGCAUGGUGUGAAAUACGAUCCGCCUGAAACACGGAGUCUUUUAUUUUGAAAAGAAGUCUAAUGUUUUAUUUUGUGUCUGUGCUCGACUUCUUUCCAGCACAAGUUAAUCUGUGCUGAAUUUAUCCAGCAUGCUCCGGCAUCUGGAAAAAAUAGAACUCUUGCGAUCAGCUGCGGAGUCCGCCGAUCCACAGAGGAACGGAAAGACGCUUGUGGAAAUUGACACAUUAACUUGAAUGGUUGUGAUCAGCUGCGAUUGGCGGAUACGGCUUUUUCGUAGCCGUUCCAGAUACGGUGGAAAUUAGUGGUUACAGACUGACGCACAGUUUGACGUGAGAAUUUUGUUUUUAGAGAAGCAGAAAAUAAAAGUGACAAACCACAUUUUCAAACUCAGUCUGAGUGACGGACUGACAGUUGCACACAGUAAAAACCACAUUAACUGCUUCAAGAAACAAGACGGACUGCUGUCCCGCUGAUGAUGUAUAGAAACCUCCUGUCACCACAGACACACUGUGUCUCUCUCCAGCUGUCACACUGAGAGGACAAGUCUGCGUGGAUUUUUCUCUGGAAGAGCCAGAGUCUCUUCUACGACUGUUACGCUCUCAGACUAAAGCUGAAAGAGUGUCGAGCUAAUGUUCUUCACCUCGCCACACACAGUCAAAUUACAAUUUAUGCUCUUAUUCAAAGCGGCUAAAAGAGGGUGCCUUGAAGGAGUGAGGAUCAGGGGAUGCCAAAAUCGUGAGCGGUUUAGAAAUGAAUAAGAGGAGCUCAAGUGAAAAUGAAAAAUGGGAACGGGAAUAGAUUUGGUCUUUGGUUAUUUCCUUUAUUGUGUUAUUUCUGUUACUUUUACUAUUUAAGAUUUUCCUUUUCCCCCGUCAGAUGAGACCGAAUACGAGUACAGCGGCAGUGAAGAGGAGGAUGAAGAUAGAGACAUGGGUGAACCAAGGUCGGUGUCUUUUCUCCAGGAUGUUCUGCUUCUCUCAAACACUUUUAACAUCUUCUAACUAACCGAUCCGUUUCCAGCUCCAUCAUAAACAUACCAGGAGAGUCGACCUUGAGGCGGGACUUCCUGCGCCUCCAGCUGGCCAAUAAGGAGCGCUCGGAGGCGCAGAGGCGGCAGCAGCUGGAGCAGCAGCAGAAUGAGGAGCACAAGCGCUUACUGUUGGCCGAGAGACAAAAACGCAUCGAAGAGCAGAAGGAGCAGAGGAGGCGCCUCGAGGAGGUAAACGAGACGAGGUUGAAGUAGAAACAUGAAGUCUAACCUUUGAGAUUAGCGAGAGUGAAUUCUCGAGGUACAAAACAGACAUCGCCCUGUCGUGGUCAUCCUCUGGUUUCCAACUUCAACAUUUCGGUUUCCUGGAGUCAGAGGAGGCUUUAUUUGGUCAAGAGUUCUGAUUCUUGAGUUAUCAAAGUUGUACAAUUUGUGCCUGCGGCUAAUUCACAGCACAGACUCUUCGAGUACAAACUCAGCCAAGAAGUGAAGUGACUAAUGUGUAGCACACAGCCAGCAGCAUCUACCUGUCAGACUUUAGACUUCUAGUAUUUCUCUGUAAAACUCAAAACCUUAAUCAAGUCUAAAUGAUGUGAAUCCUUCCCAGACAAGCAGGUUAUAUAACGCGACAUAUGUGAGUUCACACAGAUUCAACCCUGUAAUUUUCAAACGUGGACAAUUGAUCAUUUUUAAACGCCACCGUUCUUCACCGUUGACAGCUCUUUGCUCUGCUAUCAAAACCCUCAGACCUGUUUAUGAGCCUUUUGGAGUACAGAGGGCCGAAACCGAGACAGAAACCCACUCUUCCCUCUGGGUCUCUCUCUUAGUUCCAGUCAGCUGGCUAACAGAAGGAAAUCCUCUGCCCAUAAUCUGUGCACUCUGUCUAAGAGUUCGCCUCCCAACGCACAACUGAGCGCCAUGACUCAACUUAACUAUGAUGACCCCUCCACUAAGGGGCAAGUGCGGGUCUGCGAACACAUGCGAGAGAGUGUGAAUGCACAUGUACAUUUCUUCAGUUUCUUCCGGGCCCGUUGUGGAGGUCCUGAAAUUCAGCAGGAAUAAUCACACAAAAAGAAGCGAUGAUCAAACGUCUUCACAUAUCAAAGUUUCAGCAUUCGUGUGACAAUCUCCGCUGAGACGCGGUUCCUUAAUUUGCGCGAAAACAGAUAAACCCCCUUUUGUUCAGCGAUCCUGAAUCCUCUUGUGCUUCUGUUCUCCUGACAGCAGCAGCAGCGAGAGCGGGAGCUGAGGAAGCAGCACGAGAGGGAACAGAGGCGGCGCUACGAGGAAAUGGAGCAGCUCCGCAGAGAGGAAGAGAGGAGGCAUGCAGAGAGAGAGCAGGUUCAUGCACUCACUGUUAUAUCAUAUUAAAAACACACUCAAGUUUGUAACGUCAUGACGACUCGAGUCCAAAAUCAGAGAUCUGCCCUUAAACUUUUCCGUUGUUUUCUUUUAUUUUUCUUCUUUUUCUGUCUGAGUCACUCUGAUUUUUCUCCCUUAAAUUACUUCAGGGUGAGAUUUUUCCUUUUUUUUCUUUCUUUGGUGGAAGAAUUUAGUUUUAGACCCAUGGAGCUCUGACAAUAAUCUGAUGACACAUCAUUUUCUGAGCUCAUGGGUUCAUCCACAUGGGUCGGACAUGAUCUUACUCGCAGCAUUUUGAUCUUGGAUAAAAAAGACUAAAACAACUCUUUCAUUAUGUUGCUCAAUUGUUAACUAUGAAAGCCUUAAAGGUACAGUAAGCAAUUUUUAAAGGUACAGUAAGCAGUAUUUAAAGAUACACUUUGCAAUUUUAAAGGUGCAAUCCGUAAUAAUUAAAGGGGCAGACUGCGAGAUUUAAAAGGUAAAGUGUAAUAUGUUUAAAAGUGCAGUUUGUAGUAUUUAAAGGUGCAGUGCGCAGUUUUUAAAGCUUAUGUGUGCAUUAUUUAAAGGCGCAGUCUGCUGUAUUUAAAGGUGCAGUGUGCAGUGCUUAUAAGGUAAAGUGUAAUAUAUUUAAAGUUGCACACUGCAGUUUUAAGGAACAGUGUGCAAUAUUUAAAGGUACAGUCUGUAGUAAUAAAAGGAGCAGACUGUAGUAUUUAAAAGGUACAUUGUAAUAUGUUUAAAAGUGCAGUUUGUAGUACUUAAAGGUGCAGUGCACAGUUUUUAAAGGUUAAGUGUGCAUUAUUAAAUGGUGUAGUUUGCUGUAUUUAAAGGAGCAGUGUGUAGUUUGUAAAGGUUAAGUAUGCAAGUGUUAAGUAAGUAAGGUUAAGUAUGCAAGAGUAAUAUAGGUGCAUCCUGCAGUAUUUAAAGGUGCAGUCUGUAGAAUUUGUAGUUUCAGUCUGCAGUAUUUAUUGUCAUUUAUUAGAGCAAACUUGUUAGAUAGAGAAUAUAUCAUCCAUCAGUCAGUUGAAAUUUAACCUGGAGUAAAUAUAUGGAUGCAUGUCCCUUUAGGGCUCCUGUAAUAAUAUUGCCCAUUUUGCUAAUAACUGAAUAUGAUUUUUUUACCAGGUGACGCCAAGAUAAAUUUGUGAUUGUUGAAAUCCACUAACACCUCACUAAAUUACGUGUACAUGGUGGUGCUAAAAAUCUGCAGGCUACUGUUGCAUCACUGUCUAGUCUUGGCCUUGUUUUAUUUAGAAACUUAUUAUGUAACCGUUAAAAAUACAACAAAAAUGACAUCCUAGACUGUGACUGCUGAAGAUGUGAGUAAGCCCUCACCUUGGCUGAGGCUGCAUGCAUCCUGGUUCAUGCAGGCACUGCUGGCAACUUUGCACAAUCAGAUCUCAGCCCUCCCAGUGAGUGAAGAAGCGCUGAGGAAACAAUCAAACAAGUUUUCCAUCAGCGCUGAAACGCUGGAUGAGAAAAUGCAUCAACAUCUCUGUCUAAAAAGUAAUCAUCUGUUUGAUACAACAGCUUGUUUUAUUGACAAGAAAUGAGUGUGAUUUGGAGAUGAUAAGACACACGCCGUCUUUCUCCACUCUCAAACUAAAUGUGCUCAGGCGUGCGUUAAAAUCUUGUACUCGGUAGUAUCCGUGCUUGUACAUCUUCCUGGCUGUGAGCAGUUCUUUCUCUUGUCCUCCUACUGAACUUACUGUUUUUCUGCUGUGUACUUUCUGUCUUUCCUGGUCUGUCUUUAUCGCUCCGUCUCUCUCCUCCCACACUAUUCAACUGUUCCGGAAAGAUAUGUUCAAAGCUAUUUUUUUCUCUGUGCACGUCAUUUUUUUUUCCUUUGUAGCACAUUACAAUUGUUCGAGAACAUGGCCUUCUUUCCUCCAUCUGCCUUCUGAUUCCCUUUUCACUCCUCUUUAUUGUCACCUCGAGAGAUUAACUCCUGUAUUCUUCUUUCUAUCUCUUGUCUGUUAUCUCUCUGUCGGUGUUUGGAUGUUCAGAUUUCCUGAUCUUGUUCUCAGUCUAUUUCUAUCUCCUUGUGCCGACAUGCCGCUCAGGAGUAUAUCCGUAGACAGCUGGAAGAAGAACAGAGGCAGUUAGAGAUCCUCCAGCAGCAGCUACUACAGGAACAGGCAUUACUCCUGGUAACCACAGAGCUACUACUGCUCCCCAUCUGUGCUGUGUGGCCCCCUUUCCCCACUGCAUGCACCCAUGUGGCACCCAUGUUGCACAAUGGAUCUGACUGUGUGGGAAUCCACAGUCUGACUCUUUAAACCACGGAUUUAAAGAAAAACAUGAUGCAGAAAAAAACAAUUGCCUUAUCUCUAAUGUUUGUGGUGAAUUUAUUCCCAUCACUGAUUGCAUGUACAGCAGCAUUAAGUUAGCUGGAUCUCAAAAGACUCCCCAGAGGGUGCAGAAAACUGCUUUGUCAGCCUCGAUCAUGUCGGCCUACACCAAGUGCGAACAUCCAAGAGAAAAUAGGACACUGUUAUUCUCCAAGGAGGGUUUCUGUGCUGCCCCAGUCUUGUCUAGGGCGACAGCUCUGUGCAUUAUUUCUGAAAAUAUGUCUUUUACAUUUAUCAGGCUGAGUCUUACAUCCCAUUUGAAUAGAAAUUUGUCCAAGGGGUUAAAGAGAGAGCCUGUUAGGAAAGCUUUUGAGAUCCAAAACGAAGCAGUGUUGUCUGAAAAACCAUCUUUUUCCCUCUCCUUUUGCAUCCUUUGCACCUCCUUUCCACCCAGUACCAAAACUUGGUGUUUGUUUACAGCACCCCAGUUGUCAAUAUUGUGCCCAUCAGUUCUGUUUGCAUGAUUUGUCAUAGUCACAAAUGUCACAGUCCUGUCUCUCAUCUCUGUGUCCUCUCUCCGUCUCACCCCCCCAGGAAUACAAGCGAAAGCAGAUAGAGGAGCAGCGGCAGGCCGAGCGGCUACAGAGGCAGCUCCAGCAGGAGAGAGCCUACCUGGUGUCUCUGCAGCAGCAACAGCAGCAGCAGCAGCAGCAGGAGGGAAGGCAAGCUGAGAAGAAACAGCUCUACCACUACAAGGAUAUCAUCAAUCCUAAUGACAAGCCUGCCUGGGCUAAAGAGGUAAGUACCAACAUGCAUGGCUUACAAAGAAAGGCGAGCAUGCAGUGAGUAAAUAAAUCUUAACCUUUGAGGAAUGUAGUUCACUGAAUAUGUGCAUGUUUUCUCCCUGUAAUGAUUUGGACAUAAAACACACCGAGUUGCCUUUAAGUGCUGUUCACAUCUUAUCCAGCAGGUCCAAGUAAAAGCAGCAUUAAAGAGGUGGAAGCGGGGAGACCUCACUUUUUAAUAUGAAUAUAUUUAAGAAUGAACUGUAGACUGUGUAUAAGAAAUAAUGGCUAGUUUAUGAAGCCCCUGAGUGAGCCUGUAUUCGACAUUUUAUUGAUUAUCAGUGUAGAAGUUUUUCCAGCAAGUCUUGCGGGCCGUUCAAACCAAGCGCAAGUAAAAUCAUCUACUUGCUUAAUUCACGCAUAUCUAGACGUUUGAAUAAAUAGUCUUUAUUCGCUUCAUUCGCGCGUCAACUGUAAUUUCAACGGUAAUCCCUGCCAAAUUAACUGGCAGGAUCAAGUGAUAGACAAAGGCUUUUUUACAAUUUACCAGGUAAUCUGACCCCCUCACUCACUUGCCUCCAGGCGAGCUCCUUUUUAUUCCGGUUUCGCUAAUCUGAAGAAAAGGUAUCAUGUAAUUCGGGGCACCUACACACCGACUCAAUCAGUUUGUCCUCCAUUUUAGAAACCAGUGAACAACCGUACAUUUUCAUAUGUAGGCCUGGACGAUAUAGAAAAAAAGCAUAUCGAUAAAAAAUAAAUCAUAUUGAUCGAUAUCGAUAAUUAUCGAUAUGAUUAUUAUAAUUAUUUAACAUAUAUUUUAAUUGCAGCCCUGGAUGUUUUUAUGCUAUUGCUUAAUGACCUACUUUUAAUAAAGAACACACAAGCACUGAAUUCAAAUUCAAACCUUUAUUCAACCACCUUUUUUUUUUUUUACAACUGAAAGUUUUUUAAAAAAGAACUAAAAAAAAAAAGAAAUCAACUUAAGUGGCCUGAGUGACAUCAGUAAAUACUGACAAACAUAGACUAAAGUGACCAGAAAAUCUGAUAAAUAAAUAUUUAAAUAGUCUUUUGAUGAAAAUAAACAAAACAAACAAAUAUAUAAAUAAACAGAACAGCUUUAGGUGGGAAUAGCAUACUACCAGGUUUAACUGUGUGGGAAACUGCCCACAGCCUGGUGUCUGAACACUAAAAUAUUUCUCCCGGGGUCGGGAGAUUUAUUUUUUUUUAAUUAUCAUGUGAUUGACUUAAUACACAAACUAAGCACGAGAAGCAGGACUUAUCCACGCCGGUGUUGUGUCGUAGAAUGCACCCCUGCCGAAUGCACCCCCUGCUAGUAGCCAUGAUCCAAAUACUCGCGUCUUUGUAAAAUAUGAGCUCAUUUUCUUCCACUUUAAGAAGCUAAUGAGUGGACGGGAUACAGGGGUGCAUUCUACGGUACAACACCGGAACGUAUUUCCUCCGCACCCUUCUCACCUUUUCAACCCCUGACCCAUUUUCAUGCCUGAAGCGCUGUGUUUGAGAAAUACUUGCGGCCGGGCACUUCAUAUCGCGGGUCGAGAGUGGCUAGAAGCUGGUCGAAGCCAGGCUUUUCAACGGUAGUUAUUGGCAGUAUGUCCCUCGCUAUGAAGCAUUUUACUGCAUGGGUGAUGUCCUUAUGCCGCUCGAACGCUUUGUCGUAUUUUGGCAAGAAACGAAGUCCAGUUUGGUCUGCUUCACAUGCUUUGUGCUGGUGCUGGCAGCGGUUCCAGAGGAUUCCUCCUCCGACGACGUGGAGCCGCGGCGCGGCCGACACAGCUCGUACUCCUGCGGCUGCGAUCGGUUUAGAUGGUAAAACAAGUUGGUUGUGUUACCAGACUUGGUUUUUACUAAUUCUCUGCAAAUUUUGCAAACGACCGCUGUUCGCUUUUUGUCAGACUUCUAAAAACCAAAACAUUGCCAUGCUGGUGAACUACUGAAACCUUUUUUCGGGACAAUGUCCUCCGCUUCUCCUUGCUGUAUCAUUUUUUCUAAUACACGUGCUGUCUGUUGUGGUUUGAGAGGGGCUGGGCUUGGUGCCGUAGCGUACCUGGGUCUGCGUUUGUGAUUGGUUGGGAGGAAGUAAUGACUGUAGUAAAAGCUACAUGAUAGGCUAUGAUGAAAAAGAAAGGGACACUGUGUUUUUCUAUCGAACUUUUUAUCGACCCGUUUUUUUUCUAUCGUACCACACGUCUAUCGAUCGAUAUAUAUUGUUAUCGAAUUAUCGUCCAGCACUAUUCAUAUGUCACCCGGCGACCUUCGUGCUGAUCAGUUAUCGCAAUGUGAAUACCCACUCAAGUCGGGAUUUGGAAAUUUGCGUCAUUCAUGCCGCCAGAGUAUUACAAGCGUCUAAUCAUGUUAUUCAUAUGCACGAUUGGUUUUGCUCGUGCUUGGUGUGUGGCGACAGUAACUCCUACACCAUUUUGACACAAAGUGCAUUUUCCUGUUUAUUUGUCACUGAGCUAUCAUGCAGAUUUUUUGCAGUGGUGUUGUUAUUUACCAUUACGGCUGCAGCUCGAUUUAGGAAGAGGCUGCAGCUGCUUAAGUAUGGUGUGCCAAAAGGGACAAAAUAGCAUGCAGUUGAAAAAAUACAACAGCACAUUAAUUCAGACACUAAUACUGAUGCUGGCAGCCUCAAAAGUUCAAUCAGCCAUUUUUUAUACACAGUCUAUGGACUUGUUUCGUGUGUGUGUGCCUGUGUUGUUGCUCACCCUCCUCUGACUCUGACUUCUAGGUCCCGAAGCCGCAGCAGCAUGUUCAGGGUAACCCACCCCGCCCUCACCUUCGACAUCAUCAGUCAUUUUGUCAACCAGCUUCAUCCGCUGGCUUUCACGGCCAAUCCAGAGCUCAAGCACCUAGGCGAACCCCGUCCCAUGCUGCCCAGCUCCUCUCCAACAACCUACCCCAUAUCCGUAUCUCACUAGACCCUUGUGAACCCCUAGAUCCAGGGCUGAAGGAGGAGAUAAGUCAGCAGGUCAGGGAAUUUAGGGCUCAGAGACUCAGUCAGAGGAGCUGCAGCCCAGGUUCCAUUCAGGAGCACAACCAGGCCGCUGGCCAAAGACCCAGUAGAGGGCCUAGUAAGAUUCAUAAAGAGCAUGCAGGCCAAGGGCAAGUCAGCCAGUCUAAUCCAGCACAAAACCUUCAUCCUUCUGGGCCAAGUAAUCAGAAAGAAAAGCCAAGAGACAGGCCUCUCUCUGCCCCAAGUCAGGGGGCCAUUCAUGGCCUAAUGUCUCCAGAGCCUCAGCCUAAAGUCCUUCAAGCUCAUCCUCAGUCCCCAGGACAGGUCCAGAAACCUCAGUCUGGACCUUACCCUGUGGUCAAACUGGUUAGUGCUCGUCAUCGUAGCAGGUCACACUCGCCUUCCUGUAGAAUAGAUGUAGAAAUAGAACCAGAGUAUCAGGGAUGGGGGCAGAAAGCGAUGAGGCCAGUUUCCAGUUACGAGUGUCUCAGGAUGCCCUCGGACUGGGAGGUCCCAGAGUUACACUCAACUGACCCCCUUUCUAGAUCUUUCCCUGACAAUGCUCUGUACGCCUCCCAACCUCUCCACUCACCUUAUGGCAAUUUCCUCCAGGUCCCAGAUAACCAUUUCCCAGCUUUUAACCGGGGUAGAAGAGGAGAGGGAUGGGGGCAGAGAUCACUAAGUGCUAGCUCCUCUGAGUGUGACCUUAGUGCUUCUGCCCCAGCAGACAUACUCAGACAGCACAUGGGCCGAUCUGUUAAUGGCCGCCCCUGUUUUGCAGUGAAUCCUCCAGCAAGUCCACUGCCUUGGUUGGGUCUCUCUCCUCGUACCUCCCCCCAAACCUCACCAACCCUCUCCCCCUGUUCUUCAAAGUUGUCCUUAAGUCCUGUGUCCUCUCCAUUCUCCCCCGAUGGCUUUGUGCCCAUCAACUCCCACCGGUCACCUUCACCGAACCGCAUCCCGUCCCCUCUGCCCUCCCACAUCCGCUUUUCUUAUCUUGUCUCACCUGACUCCACCCCUCGCUGCUCCCCAUCUACCUCUCCCUUUGGAUCCCAGACCCGGCUUUGUGUCAGAUCUGUUGAGUGCUAGUGCCAGUGGAGGACACACAAAGAAACACACACACACACACACUUAAACACAAACACACUCACAUUUUUGUACUUCCAUAUUUGUGACUGAAAUACUACAUUCUUUGGCCACAAAUCCUACCCUUAACCAAAACAACUACACAUCAGCUUAACUCCAGCGUUUAUCCUAUUUGCCGUAGCUUGGGUUGCUCGUGGUACUAGUUGACACCAUUUUUAAGGUGUUGGUACACGCCGUUUCUUUGAGCACUUCAUUUGAAUGUUUUCUUGGCAUUAAAAAAAAUGUAAAAAUUUUUGAUUUUCUUAUUAAAAAAAAAAAAGUAACACCCAAUAACUACAGUCCAAAAACAGUUCCCACAUUUGGUUUCCAAUCAAAUCUUCUCCUGCGUGGAAAACAAAAAAUCUAAACUCGAUCCUGUUCUGAAUAAAGUUCCAGGAACUUUUUCUACCCCUCUAAAAGGACGUUGCUCUAGAGGUGGUACUUACCAAGAGUUCAGUUUUGCCUUUACACAGGUUGACCAAUCUGUCUAAUUUUCACACAUUAUUACACUUAAAUGGAAAAAAAUUUGCAACAGUUAGCUAGAGCAAACGCAAAACCUUAAAAAAGGUCCCAGGACUUAAAGGUAAUCCUUUAAGCCCUCUAACCCUAAAAGUUAGAGUUGAACUACUUUUCACAAAGAUGGAAGUACAACAGCAAACACACAUGUUGAACUCACAUAACACACAACAUUGUACAGUUAAUUAUACAUCUGUAAGUACACGUAUGUUUAUCUCUGUAAAACAGAAUUGGUUUAUGGGUAAUUUUUUAAUCUAAAUAGCAACCGUUAUCGCUUAUCUGUAUUCAUCCUCUGCUGGGACUAAGACCCAAAUGGAAGAAGUUGAUAAUAGGGGACAGUUUCUAAUAAUACCUCAGUCCAUUGAUAGUGUAGUUAACCAGAGCCCCACCCUGAGCCCCCACCCUGCCAGCCCUCCUAUCACCCAGUGUCCCAUCAACCAUCAUGGCAAGCUGGUUCUAGCUGAAUUGGUGCUCUUGCCAGCGGGGAUACCCGCCCAUCCAUACUUCCUUUUAGGUCAGUCAACCAGUCAAUAAAAUCUUGGCUUGGUAAUGGGUUCGGACCAAAUGGUGAUGGGAUCCUUCUUGAAUUUUAUAGGAUGCCGUCUGUCCUCCAUCUCUUCACUCUCCCAAUACUUUUGUCUUUCUGUUUCGUAGAUACUACAGUAGCCGCCAUCAACUUCUUCUAAUGCUGUGUUUUGCCUUUUGGGAAUCUCUGCCAUGAGCUUCAUUUCCACCACUAAAAGUUCCAGGGACUUUUGGGGCAACCCACUGCAUUUCAUAACAGAGGGGCCAAGUCUCAAUAGAGUACCUGGGACUUAAUUUUCACUCCUAUAUGAUAACACAAAGUCCCUGGUAAUUCUUAGCAACCAAUUGGUCCGAGAAAAGAAGUACUUUAUGAUAUUAGAGGAACUUUUUAUGUGACACUUGCAGCACUUGAAAUAUUUGAUUGGUUGAUUACCAGUAAAGAAAUUUUAGCUUGAUGGAAAUGCAGACAACAUUGGCCGGAAAGAACCUUGUAACCCCAUGAAGAAAAUAUCUAGCGCCUGGUUCAAAUAGUUCUUGGCACUUUUGGUGGAAAUGUGGCAAUAGCUGAGAGAGGUCAUCUUGGCAGACACAAAUAGGGAGCAGUUUUGCACUUCCUAAGGUUUCUUCAUUUCUUCUGAGGUUCAGUUGAUGCUGAUUCUAACCUUGACCACAAACUACCUCCACAGACACUUCAGCAGCAGUUCUCCUCAUGAAUCUCUUGGUUUCCCCUUUUCUGUCACUUCCUUGUAUUUAGUUGUCCUCUGUCUACAGUCAUUUGUCCGUAGUUUCACUCCAUCUGCAGAAGUCUUUUUUUGUAGAAAGCCCCUCGUAGGAAACUAACAAAUGACACAGCGCGGCAUAGCUGUUCUGACCCAGGUCAUAAUCUUGGAUAAUCUGACUAGAUCAUGCAAAGAUCAUGCUUACCUGGGAGCUAUCGACACUAUGCUUUGCUGAGCCAUAGCCCGAUCCUACACUAACCGUUGAGUCGAUUGUUUAGAGAUGGAAAAGUGUGAUUUAUGCAGCUGGGAGCAUUCCUCAGAGCCCCCUCUCUCUCUCUCUGCACAGCAGAUAAUCUGAUAAUCUGAUUACACUGGCUGCAGGAGCUUUCUGCCUUACUCACUGUGCAUAGAUGUGAUGCUCGGUCAGUAGAGACAGUUACACAAACUCUCAUUAGCACUAACAAUCAGACGUGGUUUAAACAUGUGCGCACACACGACAUUCACUUGUGGUGGAAUCAUUGAUUUCUGGGUUGAAUGUGGUGAUUGUUGAUUCUUGACCUUUUCCCAGCAGCCAUCAGACACUCUGACCUCUCAUCUUUGUGUAGAGACCCACAUGCAUGGAUAAUAGCGUCCACAUUUUUGCUUGCAGCUGUCUUUUGUUGUGAUUUAUUACAUGACUUGCCUUCUCAGUUUGAUUUACUCAAAGCUGCUUUAAUGAUUAAAGUUGGAAUUUUCCUCACAGCAGUUGAAUCCUGUCAGGGAUUCUGUGGAAAAUGUGGGUUUUUUUUCCACUUGUGGAUCACAGGGAAGAUAAGACUUCCACUGAAUCUCACAGCUGUUGAGUCAUGAUUUGGAAAAACAAGUUUAGACGAAAAAAGAAAAGUGGGCAAGGCGUGGUCUCUCAAAGCUGAGAAGAAAAGACUGUCUGGUGGUUUUUAUUGCACGCAUGACAUUGAUUGAUCGAUCGAUACCCACAGCGGAUAAAGCGUGGUGAUUGGUUGCUGGCCUGUGAACUGUGAGUGACAGUGGCGCGUGUGUGUGUGUGACCCCGUCUCAGGUGGAGGAGCGAUCUAAGCUGAACAGACAGAGCUCUCCAGCGCUCCAGCACAAAGUGUCCAACCGCAUCUCCGACCCCUCUCUCCCUCCCCGCUCCGAGUCCUUCAGCAGCGGGGGCAUGCAGCCCGCCUGCACCCCACCCAUCCACCGCUCCGUCGAACCGCAGGUGUGUGUGUGCGUGAACGUGUGUGGGAGGCAUGGGAAUGUUUGGUGUGUUUUCAAGACACCGGAAACAUCACAAAACCAAGUGCCUUAUCACAUGAACUCCUCUGGAAGUUCAUGUCCCUGUACACUUGUGUCUUUUCUUCAUUUCAGAUCAAAUUUCUCUAUUUUGUUUUCCACAUUAUUGAUGCGGCUGUCUUUGCCUCUGUUCAUUUCUCCUUCUACAUAUUUGACCUGAUUUCUUUCCUCAUCUUUCCUAACUUUGGAUCUUCAUCUGAAUCUAGCCCAAACCUUCAUCCCUCCACCAACAGGCUCUCUCUCGAUUAAUGUAUUUCUUUCUAUCGUUGCUUCUUUCUAUCUCUGCUUCUCCAUCGACCUACUUCCUUCUUCCCUAAACACCUUCAACCAUCCAUCCACUCAAACCUGUCAUUUCUCCCUCACCAGAUGGCUCACCUGGUCCCUGUGAAGACCCACUCUAGCUCCAUGUCUGGUUCUCAGUCUCUGCAAGACCAGACGGGCUCGGCUCUGAGUGAGGGCAUCAGCAUCGGCUCCCCGAGGCCUGAUAUGCCUCGCCAGAACUCAGACCCAACUUCUGACACCCCCGGGGCCCCGCUGCGGGUCACAGGAAGGGAGGAUCGGGACAGAGACAGGGAGAGGGAUCGGGACAGGACAGCCUGGCUGAGAGAGGAAGAUAUCCCACCCAAGGUAGGAAAUCAGGGACUGGCAAACAUGAAGCAGAGUUUUUCUUGUAGAAGAUACCUCCCAAAAUCAAAUGUUUGAGGUUUUUAUUUGUUCUACUCUUUGGAUGAAUCGUUUCAUGUGAAUUUAUCUGCAUGACUUUGCUCUGUUGUGUUCUGUUGCAGACAUGCAUUCCUUCUGAAUCAAAUUCACUUAACACAAAGCGUCUUUGAUUGAUGGUUUCAACAGGUUUGGUUUCAUAGCUGUUCGAAUGUUGACUUAUGAAACCUGAACUCACAGUGAAAGGAUAAUUAAUGAAAGAUUUCACAACACGUAACUGGCACUUUGAUAACUUCCAGAGAACUGCAGGGCUUCUACUGUUGACUUGAGUGGAAAAACAAACAUUAUAAAACUCACUGCCUAUAAAUCAAUCAGAUUUAACAUCGUGUGCCAGACGUCUUUGAACAAUCAAAAACAUUUUGUAUGAAACUUUGAAACUCUGGUUACACUUUACAAUAACCAUAACUUAUAAAUGGUAAAACGUCCAUUUGUAAAUGGUAAGCAGAUAGUUUAUUAAUGUUUAAUCAUUAUUUAUAAAUAGCAUAUAGACCAUUAUCAAAAUGUAAAUUUACAAUAACCAUCUAAGUAAUGUUUAUAGAUGGUUUAAAAACCAAAUAUUAACUAUUUACAAAGUGCUACUGACACACAUUUUAAUCUAGAUGUUUUACAACCAAUAUUUAAACCCUAUAUAAACCUUUAAUAAAUAGUCCAUUAAUAAUUAUUGAAAAUUAUUAAUCAUAAUUUCAUUGCUUGUUAAUGGUAAAAUCACUAUUAACUUACAGUAAACUAUCUAUUUGCCAUUUAUAAAUUCCGGUUAUUGUAAAGUGUUACCGUAACUCUUUUAUUAAGUAAAGCUAAUACUGUGACCUUUUUGUUUGGGGUGUUUUUUGAUGUCCAGGUGCCACAGAGGACCACGUCCAUCUCCCCAGCCUUGGUCAGGAAAAAUUCACCUAACGGAGGAGUGGGUCUGGGCCCUCGCACAGGCUCUCAGCUCAUAAGGGCCAGGUAAAUAUGAAAGCAGCCGCUUAUUACCCUGCUAACAUAGUAACUGAACAGCAGCAUUAUUUGACAUUACUGCGUAUUCAUAUGUCUAAAACAUUGAAACAAUGUUUUCCUCUUGUUUUAGUAACCCAGACCUGCGGCACUCCGAGCUCUCCCUCGACGCCAUCCUGCAAAGAACUUCCUCCAACUCGUCAUCCUCCUCUUCCCCUUCAUCUCAGGGAGGCUCAGCAGAGAGGAGAGGUACAAAAACACCAGAUAAAGACCUACAUAAAUCCAUACAUACAGUGCUCAGCACAAAUGAGUACACCCCUUCAGAGUUGUCAGAAAACCUUUAGUUUCCCUUCAAAAUCAACAUUUUCUGUGUCAGACUAUGUUUCAAUUUAAAAUCAGGAUGUGAAAAUAAGUACACCCCAAUCAAAGUUCUGGGAGAGCUAAAUUUUAGUUACCAUAUCACCCUUAUUUUCAUCUUAUGGUAAAUAAAAUGUUAUGUAAAACUCAGCUUUGUCAAAACGUUGGAAAUUGUACGUUAGCUCAUCUAGAUAUUGAGUAUAUUAAUACAUUACUUUUAAUAGAGGGUGUACUGACUUAUGCUGGGUACUGUAUAUGCGCAUGCACUCACACUGUUCACAGCCACGCUUGCAUGCAACACCAAAAAACCAGCUCAUGUACUUCUUCUUGUAAACAUGAAAAUUCAGACACCAAAUCUUACCGACGCCUACAUCCACUCACACAGCUUGAGCGGGUUUCAGAGGCUAUCAGCCGCAGUUCUGCUCUGAUCAACCUGUCUGAUGUGCCCUGUUGCUCCCAGCCUCCAGAGAGAUAGAGGAGAGGAAAUGAGGGAGGAAGAGAGAGAGAGAGGCGCACAAGGGAGUGUCAAACGACAGGCCAGGGGGGAUAGUUUAGAUAUGCAUGGAGUCCCCUUUGAUGAGCACAUAGCAUAGAGUGGUGAAAGUGAGGUGUGAUUGGUUUCCUUCAGGUUUGUCAGGUGUGUUUAUCAUUUAACCCUAGGGUUCAAAUCUAACAGGAAGUAUGGAGACAGAAAAACCUGACAGCUUACAUCUUUUUGUCGGUUAGACUUGCAACUUUUUCCUUCCUCUGAUAGGUCAAGCCAAGCAGGAAGGAUCCCCUCCAGGAGCCAAUCAGGAGGCCAAACCCAAACAAGAGGAGGGCCGUGAAUCAGCCAGACCAAGCAGACCUGCUGUGAGUCACACAACACACAACACACACACACACGUACACACACACUCUUUUUUUCUGUCGCAGCAGUCUCCUCUCUCUAAAGAAGAAGAAGAAGAAGCCUGUGGAGGACUUCAUCUUCUUCUUUUUUCAUCUUGAUUCAUCUGCUUCUCUCUCUCUCUGCCUCCCUCUCUUUGUCCUUUCAUUCUUCAGAGCUAUAAGAAAGCCAUAGAUGAGGUUAGUGACACUCGAGUCCCCCCCCCUCCUUAUUUUAAACCCGGUUUUCAUUUCCCCUCGUUCUUCAGAGAUCCUGUUUUUCCUUCUGGCAUGGUGGAGUUAGUCGUUUUUUAGAGAGGAUGAUGUUUGUUUCUUUAACCUGGAAGCAUCAGAGUGUAAUGGCGAUGGCAGUGCAUGUGUGCUUCUACACACACAUACCCGAGAGUAUGUACAAGAAUGAGUGCUUGUGCGAGUGUGCGUGUGUGUGUGUGUGUAAAUGCAUGAGUGUGUGUGUGAGAGUGAGAGUUGGGGUUACGUGACCUGCCAAGCACCUGAUAAGUCUCUGCAUCUCUUUCUCCUGUUUCUCUGUCGUCACUGUUACUGGUCAGGAGGAGCUGGUAAGAACCACCGUGUAUGACGGCUUUACCCCCCGUCCGCAUGACUUGGUCUGAUCCAUCGGCGGGGUUGAACAGGGAGGGUGGGGAAAGGGGAGGAUCCACAGGAGAGUUGGCAUGGGGGUGAAAGUCGGAGGGGUUGCAGUGUGAUGCAGUUGAACAUGGAGCCUCAGUCUGAUUGUACUCCUCUUUUCUAAAGACCCCGUUAAAAACUGCUUGUGAGAAAAAAAGUGUUUUUCUGCGAUCACUUCUUAUCUCACAAAUUUAAAGCUUUCAAACAUCGGUCAGAUGAGGUGGUCUCAGAUCAGCACUUUUACUCAAGGACACCUACAGUUUGUUUCCAAGCCCGGAUGUUUACGUGACAACGCUUGAGUUGUCUCCUUGUCAUGAUGGUUUGUCCUUCUCUCAGCCCCUCUUUCUCUCUCCCCUGUCUGUGUGUGAUUUUCCUUCAGUUCAGAGACUAAUGAUACAAAAGUGAUCAGUUUUUUUUUUAACCCAUUUUCUCUCUCUCUCUCUUUUCUGUUCCUCGCUGCAGGACCUUAGUGCUUUGGCUAAGGAGCUCAGAGAGUUGAGGGUAGAGGAGGGCAGCAGACCUCCAGUCAAGGUACAGGGAUCAUUAUUAUUAUUAUAAUUAUUGAACUAAAAGUCAAAGUUUUGCUAUAAAAGGCAAAAGUGUGAUAAAAGUUUAUCAUAAUGAGACAAUACUUUAUUAUAAUUCUGACUUUUUAUUCCAUAAAUUCAACUUUUUAUCUCCCAGUUCAGAGGUGAUCUGCGGUCUUUGACUUCCUUCUUUUUCUUGUUUCUUUUGAAUAUUUUUUUAUGACUUUAAUGAAGAGGAUGAGACAGUGGAUAGAGCAGGAAAUGAGUGAGAGAGCAGUGGAUAACAUCGUCGAAAGGGUCCGCAGUUUGGCACAAAACCCAUCAUCUUGUAGUUAGAAUUAUCCACCAAGUAAACAGAACUUUAAACCUCAAUGUUGUGAAUUUCUUUUUAAUAAUUUGGACUUUUUAGCUGAUUAUUUACUUUUUUUUUUUUUGAACAAGCACAGUGUUUAGUCAAUAGUGAACAUUUUACCAACAUAUCACAGGUGUUUUUAGAGUCCCCAUGAUACGGCACUCUUAUUAAAGCUCCUAUAAGUAGUUUUUUGACAUUUAUUGAAGAGACUGAAAUUGAUGUUUUCUUUUAAUGAUAUACAAAAUCAUACGAGACCAUCAGCAACAAGACUGAAGAUUUUUAUGUCCUUGUUUUAUUGUUUUAUUAUUUUAUUGUAAAGUGUUGUCAAGUUUUAUUGUCUGAAACCAGGGCCAGAGGGUAGGUCCACGCCUCACAGUAAAUGAAACAUUUGUCUGUCAAAAGCCAUCAGGAGGAGGUUGAUUGUCCCUCAAGCAUGCAAUGAACAAGAUAAGGAAACACCGCUUUGUCCACAAAACAACAAGUUCCUCACAGGAGAUUUUAAACAGGAGGUUAAAGAAGGACUUUUGCAAAUAUUGAUUGUCAUUUUUUAUGGUUUGGAAGUCUCGCUGCAAGUCUGCACCUGACCGAAAGUACCGAAACAGAUGAAUACGGUAGCUAACAGAGCUGAAUGUGAGAUUAUUAUAACAACAACAUGACAAACAUUUGAUAAAAGUCCUAAAAAGCACCUUGUGAUUUAUUGUUUGUUUUUGUUAAUUUAAUGUCUGAAGGUGACAGACUACUCGUCCUCGAGUGAAGAUUCAGAGAGCAGCGAUGAUGAUGGAGAGACGGUGGGACACGAUGGGACUGUUGCCGUUAGCGACAUUCCUCGCAUCAUGUAAGACGUCGCCUCUGUUUUCAUUUCGUAUCCUCCCUCAUGCUGCAAUUGUCAGCGUUGAUUUGUGUCCAGAUAUUCACAUCUUUGGAAUGUGCGCCGUGCCAGCAGCCUGUCAGGAUAGUUUUGGCAAAAUUGCUCUGUAAAUAAUCUGGUUUAUUGUGUGUGACUCUGUGUGUGCGUCUGUGUGUGUGCGUCUGUGUGUGUGUUACAGGCCGGCAGUGCAGGGCAGCAGCGAAUCAUAUGGAGGGCUGACAGAGGACUCUCUGGGAGACGCCUAUAAUAGCUCCAAGGACGGCACUUUAGUGGUGAGAGAGGUGAUGAAUGUGCAUAGACACACACAAACACACAAAUACACACAGUAGCCACCUGAAAAAAACUGUUUUUGUUUUUCUUCCUGAUCACUUUAUCUUUAUCAUUUAAAACUUUAUCUGUUGUUAGUUUUCCUCUCAUUCCUUUCUCUCUUUCUCUCUCUCUCUUUUUGCGUCUUUUUCAGGCUGAGGAGAGGAGGAGAGGCGGUCACUCUGAGAGUAAUGGGUUUGGCAAUCACAGUAACCAUGGUAACCUCCCGGACCUCGUGCAGCAGAGCAACUCUCCCUCUGCCACACCCACCUCAGCCCUGCAGGAACUCGGGGAAAUGGCUGAGGUCAGAUUCAGACACUUACUCCGUGAUAUGUGAAUGAACAUUGAAAAUCACAGUCGAUAAAACUCUUCUUUAAAAUGAUUAAACACAACAUGUUUACUACUAUUUUCUUUCAUACAGUUUGGCGUGGGCGGGUCCAAAGCAUCCUUUACCCCAUUCGUGGAUCCACGAGUCUAUCAAACCUCCCCAAGUGACGACAAUGAGAACUCAGCAGCAGGUAAGCACAGCAGAGAAAAGUACUGGUUCAUUUUGCACCUUCAACGCUUAAAUUAAAAAAAAAAGAAAUGACUUCCUUCUUUCUCUAUAUUUGGCAGCCAUGUUUGCAAAUGAGCUGCUGAGGCAGGAGCAGGCCAGACUAAACGAAGCCAGAAAGAUCUCCGUGGUCAAUGUCAACCCCACGAACAUCAGACCUCACAGCGACACACCGGAGAUCCGCAAAUACAAGAAACGCUUCAACUCUGAGAUCCUGUGCGCCGCACUCUGGGGUAAGAGGAGCGUCCUCCAUCUUUGAUUUGUUCUUCCUUUAUUUUGUCCUUUCUGUGUCUCUAACUGUGCGUGUGUGUGCGUGCUGCAGGUGUGAAUCUGCUGGUGGGGACGGAGAACGGUCUGAUGCUGCUGGACAGGAGUGGACAGGGAAAAGUCUAUAAUCUGAUCACUAGAAGGCGCUUCCUACAGAUGGAUGUACUGGAGGGGCUCAACGUGCUGGUCACCAUAUCUGGUAAGUCCGAUUCAGAUGAAAACACAUUGUCUAAGUAAAUAAAUAAGCAUCUAUAGUCAGAGAUCUGGGCUCUUUUAUUCCCCUUAAGUCCAUGACCAAAUAAUCUGCCUUUUUUGUGCUCUGAGCUGCCAAGUAGGUCUCUAAAAUAUUUAAGAAACCUCUCCUCAUCUCUCCCGCUCGCUCUCCUCAGGGAAAAAGAAUAAGUUGCGUGUCUACUACUUGUCCUGGCUGAGAAACAGAAUAUUACACAACGACCCAGAAGUGGAGAAGAAGCAGGGUUGGAUUACGGUCGGGGAGCUGGAGGGCUGCGUGCAUUAUAAAGUCGGUGAGGAUCUCUGUGUUUGUUUUCGCGGUUCGAUUAGAUUAGCCUUCAUUGUCUCCUUUAGGAUACAUUUCACUCAUGAAUGAACACAUGAAUUUAAGCCACAAGUGCUCAUAUUGGGCUCGACCUGUUGUCAAAGAUUGAGCUGAUUUUCUUUCUUCAAAUUCAACCAAACAUGGCGAGAGAUUAUCGAACUUUUCUUUGCCUUAGGCGGUGAAGAUAGUUUCUGUUUGCUCAAAGAAGAAAAAUGUGGCGGUUCAUGUUCAAACUUAGCAUUUUUCCUCCAAAGUUGACUCACCUUAUUCAUGCGUCUUCAUCUUCCCUCCAGUCAAAUACGAAAGGAUUAAGUUCCUGGUGAUUGCUCUGAAGAACUCUGUGGAAAUCUACGCCUGGGCUCCCAAACCCUACCACAAGUUCAUGGCCUUUAAGGUACAGAAACACAAACACACUCAACCAUGGAUUAAACACCAACUUAAUUACUGUUUCAGACUUUUAAUCGUCUUCCUCUCUUCUUCAGUCGUUCACUGAGUUGCAGCACCGUCCCCAGCUGGUUGACCUGACGGUAGAGGAAGGGCAGAGGUUAAAGGUCAUCUACGGCUCCAGCGUGGGAUUCCAUGUCAUUGACGUGGACUCGGGAAACCCUUACGAUAUCUACAUCCCCUCACAUGUAAGAAUAGAGCUGAUCUCGCUUGCGUCUAACUAUCACUCUCUCACCGUUGAUUUAUGAAUGAAUAAGGAAGACUGAGUCGCUUCAGAACUAAGCAGAAUCGUUUGUUCUCUGUCUUUAUCGCCCCAAGUCCUGCGCCAAGUCGAGCAGUAACUCAUUCUCUGUCUCAUGGGAAUAAGCUCCCACAUAUACAGAGACUUUUGAAUGUCAUGUUCCCUCUUUUGAUUGAUCCCCUGUCAUGCAAGUGAAAGAUUGAUGGGUAUUUACCUCCUUCGUCAGACACUUUUUAGUCUGGGAUUUUGCUGCCUCAGCCGAUGGGCAUGUUUUUGAAAAGCCAACAUUUGUAUUUGUAACAUGCAGCCAGUCAUAACUUGAAGUCGCUCAAAGAGGCCGAGUCAACCGCAGCUCCCUGUUUGCGUGCCUGAAUGUUAAUCAGUCCUCGCAUGCAGAUUAGUUUUUCCACGGCCGCGUCCAAAAUGUUAUGCUUUUACUCAAAUCAAGCUCAACACCGUUCAGCCAAACUCAUGAUUUAGUGGCAACAUUUCAGUGAAAUAUAAAACCCCAAACAUGGAUGUGAGUACACGCAACUUCAGCCUGAUGACUCAGGACGCUGUCGCCCAGUCUUUAUGUCGAGUCCACGUGACGGUGUGACUCUGUGCCUCUUUAGAUGAUUGUCUUUUGCUAUUUUUUUUUUCCGCCUUUAAUCAAUACUCCCUCUCUCUCUCCAUCCCUGCCAAUUUUUCUUUCAGUGUGCCAAAUCGUUGAAGGUGACACCCUGCCAUCCUCCCUUUAGAUCAGACCAAUAGAUCUUUAGUGAAGCCCCCGCUGUAGACGCACAGAAGCACGACACGUGUCUGUGUGCCGCGCAGCACAUUAGAUUAGAGAUUAACGACAGUUUAGCUAGAAAUGUGUGUGAGUGAAGAAAUUCAUCUUAGCCGGCUGAGAGUCAUAUAAAUGUACGAAAACUGGAGUACAUCCCACCAAACAUCGGACGUCGAAGAGACGGGCAGAUCAAGUCAGUAUUGGGUCCGUCAAAGACCGAAUUUGACUUUUUUUAGACGUCACUCUGACGAAUUUAGAAAUUGGACGUCAUCGAAAGACCAAAUCUAGACGUCGGCACAACGUCCAAAAUAGAUCCAAGAUUUCGGCGUCAUUAUUGGACCUCUUUUAGACGUUGAAAUGACGUCCACAUUUGUACCUCAUCGUAGCAAAAAUACGAUAAAUAAAUGUCAUUUCGACGUCGCAUUGCGCAGUGGGAUAAGUUGAAUUCAUUGAGCGUUGAUGCAUCUUCUCAUUGGCUAAGAUGAGUUUUUUUCAUCACUGUGUUAACGUCUUUUUCUCUGAAGUCACAACUUGGAAUAGCCUGCCAUCUAAAAUAGUUCACUUAAAAACAUGGCGGCCAUUUUCCUCAUGGGAGAAGCUAAAAUGUUGUUACAGAGUUACUUCCUGAUAGUUAGCAUCAGUUUAAAAAACAAUAGAUGAUGCAAAUAUUUGGGUUAACAUCAUAUCUGCAGCUAAGACGCUGUAAGCUAACAUAAGCAUGCAACCAAUUCCUUGCUAGCUUUACCUUUAGCUAACUAACAUCAAUGUUAGCUGGAAAUAUCCGCCUUUUCUUAACUAGAUGCUUAGCGGAGGUUGUAUGCUUUUGCUAGCUGUCGUCUGACUGCAGUAGGUAGAUUAUUUUUUCAAUCACUGCCUCUCUUAACGACUGAAAUAUUUUUAGAAUUUUUUAACUCUUCUCCUUUAAGUGACAAUGAAGGAAAAUGGUUGCUGUGUUCAAACAGUGAAUCAGGUUCAUUUUUCAAGAUGACACCUUAGUAGUUUCCACCAAUUUAAUCCACGUGAGCCCGUUUUUGUUUCUUACGCUGGAAUUUCUCUUAACUUAGGUCGCUAAAAUAUAUUAAAUUUCAUUUAUUUAACAGAAUUUUCCAGACCAGCCAAAGUCCGACCUUUCCGACGGGCUCACGCUCUGAUAUUUGGCAGCCUUUUCCAUGUCCACGGACUUGCUCUUUAGAGGAUUACAGGCAGCAGGCUAAGAGCCAGCCAAAUUCUGUUGCUCUUAAUGCCUGUGAUGAAACCUCUGUAAUAUUUUAAUCUAAUGCAGAUUAUGAUUUAAUGUGACAGAUUUAAAAUAAAGCCCCUCGCAUGUGUGCAUCUGUCACAGAUCCAGAGCCAGGUGACGCCUCAUGCCAUCGUGGUGCUUCCUAAAACUGAUGGGAUGGAGAUGCUGCUGUGUUACGAGGACGAGGGCGUCUACGUCAAUACCUACGGCCGAAUUACCAAGGACGUGGUGCUACAGUGGGGAGAGAUGCCUACCUCUGUUGGUAUGCUCAAAAAAAUCAUGUCUAGUCUAAUUCAAAGGGCUUCUUAUCGACUCUGGAGCUAUUAAAACAUCUUAAAGAAACAGCCGGUUCAAACAACCCAAUUUAAAAAAAUCUCCAAACUUGUGAUGAAGAGUUUUAAAUAACUUCAACGAUUACGCUAGUUCCAAUUUUAGCGCUGCUGCGGUUGCGAUUAAGGGUGCCUUUAAUCCUCAGGGUCAUUUUUGGUAUAAUUGCGAUCAGAUAUGAGUUUGUAAUAUCACUCUUCAGAGAGGGGCUUCAGUUCUGCUUUGAAAGGAAAUCAGGAGGAACACAUGAUAUUAUUAAUAGUCGAUAUAAAAGAAAAACAGAGAGAGUCUGACAAAGAGGGUGCAUGUUCAUGUGUGUGUGCACUGCGAUAAUAGAAAACAGCAGCAGUAUCUUUAUUUUUACCGCCCUCAUGUGGAGGCAAGAGGUGUAACAUGUCCUUCUUUUGCAGCCUAUAUCCAUUCUAACCAGAUUAUGGGCUGGGGUGAGAAAGCCAUAGAGAUCCGCUCUGUGGAGACGGGUCAUCUGGAUGGAGUCUUUAUGCACAAGAGAGCCCAGAGGCUCAAAUUCCUUUGUGAGCGGAACGACAAGGUAAAAAUUAAAAUCAAUACUCUCAUCUAUCUGCUUUAAAUUACCGUAAAACAAAAAUGUAUGUUUAUAUCCUGGCCUCUCUUCCCUGAGUAAUUAUUGGACAGAGUACAGCCUAGAUCUAUAGACAUAGAUGAGCUUGCACAGACUUCUUCACCACAGACACUGGAAUGAGUUUUUCACUGAGCCUCUAUUCUUGCCAUUACAGUAGAAAUACCUCGAGUUAAAUUAAAAUAAUUAUUGAUGUUUAUACCGUUUCCUCUCCUCAGGUGUUCUUUGCAUCCGUGCGUUCGGGAGGUAGCAGCCAAGUUUUCUUCAUGACCCUCAACAGAAACUCUAUGAUGAACUGGUGA